AGACAGGUGUGGGGCGCCGAGGUGUGUGCUGCGGGCCGAGCGCGCUCUUGCGCGCACGACCCCUCCCCACGCGCGCCGGCAGGAAAGUUCCGCUCGGCUCCCUCCCUGACAGCGCGCGAAAUCAUCGAUCAGGUUUGGGGACGGGGGAGGCGGAAAAACACACACACGCCGACCUGAACAGGCAGAGAGGAAAAACAGGAGCGUCAGAACAGGGAGGCGAGGGAACCGAGUAAGAGGCGGCGGCUGCCCUGGCGAGCCUCUCCGUCAAGGGAGCCUUCCCAAUCGGACCAAGUGGGAAUUGAUCAGGAAUUGAUCCUGCGCUCCGGACUGCCAUUCAAAUCGCGGGAGGUUUGCCUGCUGUAAACCCUCCUUCUUUCAGCGGGGUGGGGGAGAAGCCAGUCAGCUCCUGGAGGGAUUUCUUCUCCUCCUUCUUCUCUCUUUUGGCAAACAGGUGAUCUCUUUCUGCGUGCGAUUCUUUAUUCCCACCCCCUCCUCCCGCCGUCCCGUUUCGCCCCCAUCCCAAACCGUACACUUCUUUCCCUUCCCACCCCCCACCCCGGCUGGACUACUCCCUCCUUUGGAGAACACGCCCAAGUAGGCUGAAGAAGAGAGAGAGAGAGAGAGAGAGAGAGAGAGAGAGAGAGAGAUACACACACAGAGAGAUAGUAACAUUGAACCUGAGGAGAAAUCCUCCAGAGCUGCUGCGCGCUGCGAGAGGGAGAGAGAUUAUUGGAGCCUAUACAUGUGGUGGUGUGGGGUGUUCUCUCCCCCCACCUCUCCCCUUCUUCUCUUCCCCCAGCGCGCUCUAAAGUGUUACGUGUGACAGGCAUACAAAUCCGGGAUAGAGAAGGAGUGAAGGGAGAGAGAGAGAGAGAGAGAGACCCAGCGGAGAGGGCGAUGGUGAUUGUCUCUUGGGAUUUACAAACACCCACCUCUCGCUCCGGGUGGCUCCGAUCUCAGGAGGGCUGGACUGUUUUGUCUGCACUACUUUGACCUGGCGUUGCACUGUCUGAGGCACCGAGAAGUUAACCAGCGCGCAAAGAGUGUGAGGGAGGAAUUACUACUACUAUUAUUACUACUGCUGCUGCUGCUGCUUUUAUUAUUAUUAUUAUAAGGAAAAAAAUACAUAAUUUCGCAUGUUGAUCUGAAACCCAACAACCAACGAGGAAUAUGAACAGGAAAACCAGGCGCUGGAUAUUCCACAUCUUUCUGAGCCUAGGGAUUGUCUAUAUCAAAAUUGGGUAAGUCGCCGCCCCCCGUCUCUCCCCCCCCCCUUAAACGCAAACACAUCGUGCCAAACCUGCCCGGACCUGUUAGCAUUCAACUGGCGGGGGGGGGGGGGAAGGUUGUGUCUGCAAGCGGUUCUUCCCUUUUAUUUAAAGCCAGAGUAAGAAUAUGAUUUCUGCUGCUGUUGUUCCCACAUUAUAUUCUAAGUGUGUGGCUCGCGGGGGGGUGGGCGUGUUGGGGAGAGAGAAAACACUUGCUGUGGAUGUGCGAGAGGCAUGACCAGAAUGGCAAGAGGCGGCGGGGAGAUCUCCGCUGCUGCCGAGGGCUGGAUCUCCGCUGCCCGCUGAAAUCCAUCCAGGCUUUGCUUUCUAAUGCGCGGCGAGGAGCGCUUGAAUGAGCUCAGGCGAGACAGGCAGAGAGAGAGCGCGCGCUACCUGCUUCAGCCUCGCUCUUUUUUUGGGCAGACCCAGAGCAAAUUUAUUUAAAGUGUUUAUAUUUGGGGUGGGGGCUAAGGGUGAGUUGGCUAGGUUCAAAACCUCCGCCUGAUACCGGAUCGAUGGGUUACGUGGGGAAAGGAAGCAAAAGCGCUCUGCACAUGCUCGGCAGCACGAUAUCCUCCAGGGCUGGGAGACAAGUUCCAGAGCUAAGUUUGCGAACUUCGCCCGCGUUUUGGGAUUCCCUUGAGCUCCUAGGGCAAACUCCGGUCCCGCAAACUCUUUGUUCAGCCCUUUCUCGGGACCACUGGCCUGUGGCAUCGCAGACACCCCAACUCCUCCGUCAACACCACCGUCAGCGCAAAAAGUCGGCGCUGCCGCUGCUGCCCGCCGCUUGGUACCGCGCAGAAAGUGAUGCCUAGGAGGACGCGCGAUCCUAAGCAGAUGGACCUGCAGACGGGUCUCAUUCAUUACAUCGGAACUUGCUUCCGAAUGAUGAGGGCUCUUAGCGCGCAGGUUGACGCAGGGCAGUCGCCUUCCCCCAAUCCGGACAGCGCGCCUGAGAUAUGGUUUUUGUAUUCAAAGAACCACGGAAAUGACGUACAGUUCAGAUCUGGCUUGUGGAGCUGGUGAGAGUUAGCCCAUUAUUGGAUUCUCAGGUAGGUUUGGCCCUACUUGGAAACUAGUAGGUGCUUUAUACCCGUGAGUGUCUAACUGCACGUGAGUGCUCGCGUGCGCGCGCCAAGCUACACAUGACCAGGAUCCCCAACGCAGCGCUCACGGGCACUUUGCGAGAUGAUGUUGGAAGGCGUGUGCGAGCAAGGCCGCUCGGGUGGGGAGCUUAGUUUCUAGACAGAAACGCACCGUUUCAAACGGUGAAAGCUUCUUGAUCCCGAGUCUGUGCGCUUUAAUUUAUAUAUCAGGAAGUUGGAUUGCGCUCUGGGAAAAGCCCACGUGCUCCUCUUUAUCCCUGUUUAACACUCUUAUCUCCCGAGAUCUCGAUCUAAUUAUUGACCCAAAUCGCUCCUUUGACUCUUUUCACCCGCAGGCUCCCCGGGGGACUGCUGGGGCGGGCAAGGCAAGCCGAGCCGCGUCGGGCUUGUCUUGGCCACGGGCUGGUUGAGCAAAAUGAUGUUUUCGGUUCUGCUCGAGUAUGUGCCGCAACCUGCCAGUUGACAUUAGCAAACAGCACCCGGAAGGGUUGGAGCGAAAAUGCUACGUGAAAAUGCCUGGGAGAGAGAAAAGGGAGACGGGCACGUUCGCUCUGGUUCGACGCCCCUUACUUAACCCGUGUGUGUAUGUGUUGGUUUUGGGGGGCUGGAGGCGGAAGGAGAGGGAAUCGUACUAACCAAACUGCUAAGCGUUUAGCUUGGUGAAAAGUUAACACUGUGUAACAUCAGCUUCUGCCACGUUUCGAAGGGCAGAUCAGGGGCGGAAGAGGGCUUUAAAGGCAUCCAUGUAGUACUUAGAAGCUGAAAAGACCUGCCACAUCUAGCUCCUUCAGAAGGCGUGUUUAAACGAUCGACUGUGACCCGGACCUGGUGCUGCUGCCAGCUCCUUCCAGCCUCCACCUUCUCUCUCUCCUUUUCUCGUCCUAGGGGCUUCUCCUCCGUCGUGGCUCUGGGGGCCAGCAUCAUCUGCAACAAGAUCCCGGGCCUAGCUCCUCGGCAGAGGGCGAUCUGUCAGAGCAGGCCCGAUGCCAUCAUAGUGAUCGGAGAAGGCUCCCAAAUGGGCAUCAACGAGUGCCAGUUUCAGUUUCGCAAUGGACGGUGGAAUUGCUCUGCCCUGGGCGAGAGGACGGUUUUUGGAAAAGAGCUGAAAGUGGGUAUGUUACCGCUUUACUAUAAAAGCUGUGGCAAGGUGGAGCCUCGAGUCCACCGAAGAGUUACCAAAAGAAAUGUGUGUGAUAGGCAAAGGGUGUGAUGGCAUCUGCAGGAGGCUGCUUAGGAGAACUGUGAUAUGCAAAGCCCUGAUGUAUACUCAUCCUUACUAGGUAUAUAGCCGUUACUCCACUCAUAGGCCUACUCCCCUGUGGGAGGCAGUAUGCCUCUGCCUACCAGUUGCUGGGAAUCACAAGUGGGGAGAGAGAGUACUGUUACACUCAGGUCCUGCUUGCAGAGGUGGAUUUAGGGGAACGCGGCCGGUUCGCUUGCACCGGGUGUGGAGCUUCUGGGGCGCCCCAGGGGCUGCCACAACUAUGAUUUAGAAUGGAGCAUGAGAGGCGGGGAGGGGCACUGAAUUUUGGUGUCGCUGAAAUCUAGAGACCCCAAGGUCCACCACUGCUGCUGGAAGGCUUCUCAUAUGCCUUUGGUUGGCCACAAUGAGAACAGGAUGUCAGAGAGCAGUGGAUUGCAUGUUGGGGCAAUGCCAAAUACUUGACCUCUAGUCAGCUGCAUCACUGCUGUUUACUGGGUGGUAGAGGGCAAGGUAGUGGUGAGGUCAGCAGGGUGCAAAUGGAGCAGCAGAGCCAAUCCAGCCCUCCUAUUGGUGCAUUUGCAUUUGCAUUUGCACUGCACCAAACUCCCUGCCGUCUUGCCCCUCCCGCUCUAACUCCCAGUAAGCAGCAGCGAGUGACCUACUGGAGGUCAGGUGAGUAAUAGCACCUCACCCCACUGUCUGUCUGUGGUUGUUGGAUUAUAUAAAACUCUGGCCUGAUCCAGUGGGGCUUUCGUUAUGUUUUUAUGUUAUCCACGCCCCCCCCCAACCCGCACACAUACCACAACUGUUUCUACUGUAAGGCUGCAACCCUCAAUACACUUCCUAAGAAAUGUCUAAUUGAACUCCAGAUUUAUUUAGGAUUGGGUUUCAAGUCUAAACCCAGUUACUAGGGAAUAGGUUUCCCUGGACUCAGUGGGGCUUACUUCUGAGUUAAGAUGCCCAACAGCAUGCUAUUUAGGCCUUUCAACCCAUAGAGAUGGUUUCCAGUGUGUGUCUAGGUUUUACAAUCAUGUUUCAGAGCAGUUUAAGGUGGCGGUAGGAAAGGUGUAAGCUCUGGAUGUGGAAACGCAAGAAAACACUCUUGCACAUGGCCUGUCAGAGAGCCUCCCAUGCACUACUGUAUAUGGGAGAAUGUUGAUGAAAUGUGGGGGAUAACCCUUUUAAAAUCAAAUGUUCAUUCUAGCCAAUACAGCUUUUACAUUUGCAUUACCAAAACUGGUUUCAGACUGAGGUGUGGAAAUGCUCAAACCCUGUGAUCAUGUAAAGUGGAUUAACUGCUUUUUGACAUUCUUUAAAUCAGGAGGCAAGGUGGUUAAAGGGUGACAAAAGUGUGGAUUGUCUUGGCAGAACUGAUUUUGGUCUAAUUAGCACAUUGUACAGUAGUGUGGUCUAAGACAGGUCCUACACAUCUGAGAAGCUCACUUAGCUUCUUAACUAUUCUACUUUUCUAGGUUUACAAAGACAUCUGUUCCUAUUCUUUAAACUCAGAAGUCUUAGAGAUUAGCAUUUGAUGGUGACUAGGAAUGGUGUCUUCUGUGGCAGUGAUUCCUGAACCAUGGUUCAGCAGUCUGGACCCACCAGUGAGCUGUGGAAACCAUAGCUGUCAACGUUUCCCUUUUUAAAAGAGAAAUUCCCUUAUUCUGAAUAGGAUUCCUCGCAAGAAAAGAGAAAAGUUGACAGCUAUGGUGGAAACAUGGUAUGUGGGCUCACUGUAUCUGGAAUGGGUUAUGUUUCCAGGGUGUCAAAACUAGGUUCAGGUCAGAUUAUUAGAGCUUCACUGUUAUAUUUAGGCUUGGAAUAAAGGGGAAGAGCCUAGAUAAUCACAAUUUGGGAACCAUAGUGUGUGGCUUAAAAAACACAGAGCCACUGCCAUUGUUUUUAAUCAAUGAAUGGCAAUAAUAAUAUCGUCACUGAUGAUGGAUUACAUCAGUUUCCCUGCAGUUAUGGUUUUUUCCUUACUGAUUUUUACAUAUUGAAUCAUAGAACUGUAGAGUUGGAAGGGACCACGAGGGUCAUCUAGUCCUACCCCCUGCAAUGCAGGGAACUUUGUUCCCAAUGUGGGGCUUGAACCCACGACCCUGAGAUUAAGAAUCUCAUGCUCUACUGACUGAGCUAUCCAGAAAUGUGAACUAGAUCAGAAUGAUAUAGACAUUCCAUGCUGAACUCUCAGAUAUGGGGUAUCUGUGUUUUAUUGUUUGAUUAUUGCGCCACGGAUAAUAGCAGUUUGUUUUGGACUGUGGUCAAUCACUUUUGCGUUGCAUUUGAAAUUCAGCUGUUUUUUUCGUUGUUAGUUUAUUUACUCAAAAAAGUCCUAGCAAUUCACUUAUCAAAUGCACACAUAUGGUAUAUAAGGAUGUGCCUUGGUGGCUAUUGUGUUUGGAUAAAUGAGUAAUCAAAAUCGGAGAAAUAAAUAAUACAAACUGAAUGUCUUCCACAACAAUUAACAUUAAAACCAAAAACAAAUUAACAUUAUUAAUAUGUUAUCUUAUUUUUGUGCUUGUAUAACAAAGCUCCCUUGGGGGUGCAUCUGAGGUAAGGAGUUAUUUGUCAGAAGUUGUGUUGCUUUCUCUCCAAAUGCGCAAUGUAAUAACUAUCUUGCUAUCCAUGAUUUUCAUCCACUUUUCUCUCACGUAAGUGUAAUAGACAGCAAGCCCAACAAUAUUGACUGGGAGCCCCUAUAAGCACAUGGUUAAAUAUUGACUUUGCUUUUAUAGUGAUUUUAUAGCCACCACCCACACAGUUUAGUCUUGUGAAAAAUGUGAUUUCAUGAUGGCUUCGCUCUGGAUGAAACUUUCAGCGUUUAGUCUGUAGUACCAAGCCAUUUCUGAACACAAUGAGACAUAUUAAGGGCAGAGUUCCAGGCCUGUGAUUGUGAGGUACUUUUAAUCCGCCAUCAAAACUGUAGCACAUAAUGACACAAAUUCCGCUUUCAGAGGCGGCAUGCGGGCACCUAUGACUCCGGACCUAUGGAUUGCUGGAAUGGAGCCAGUCAAAGUGCAAAGAUUCUUGAGGAGAAAGAGCAUUGACAGAGUCCUGCGGCAGCCUAAGGGGCUUGUGAAUGAGGAGGCUGGUAUGCUCAAGGGACAUCUGGACUCUUUAUUUGUCAGGAGUGGUUAUCCAACCCCAUUUAAUCUUAAUCCACCAGUGUUUAGCUGUGAAUCAAAGCCAAUGCAGUUGAGAGAGCAACCUUGAACAUUUAUAGUCUACCUUUUCCUCCAAGGACCUCAGCGGGGUACCCGUGGUCCUCCCUGCCCCCCAUUUCAUCCUCAGAACAAACUUGUGAGAUAAGUUAGGCUGAGAGGCAGUGACUGGCAUAAAGGUUGCCCGGUGAGAUUCAUGGCUAAGUGGGGAUUUGAACCCAGGUAUCCCAGGCCCUUCUCCAACACUUCAAUCCAGGCAUAGGCAAACUCAGCCCUCCAGAUGUUUUGGGACUACAGUUCCCAUCAUCCCUGACCACUGGUCCUGUUAGCUAGGGAUCAUGGGAGUUGUAGUCCCAAAAAACAUCUGGAGGGCCGAGGUUGAGGAAGUUUAGUCAGAUAGCAAGAUAUUUCUUCUUAAAAUGCUCCAAAUGUCAAUGGAAUGGUGGGAUCUUCAGAAUCCCUGCAACUCAGGCACUUUCAAGUUGUUUAUUCAACAGCAGAUACGCAGAAUAUGAGGAGGGAGAAUAUUGGGAAAUGGAGGGAGAAUAUUGUCACCUCAGCUUCAGUGGUGUUGGUCUAACCUUAUUGUCGUAUUUUAAGGACAAUUAUCUUCAGAAUAAUAGUAACAAGCGGGUUAGUUAUGCUGGCCACAUGACCUGGAAAGCUGUCUGCGGACAAACACCGGCUCCCUCGGCCUGAAUGCAGAGAUGAGCACCAUACUCUAUAGUCUAAUUUGGCUGGACCUAACCUUCCACGGAUCCUUUUCCGGUUUUUUUUAACAACAACAACAAAUUAUUUGUAUGCUGCCCACCUGACUGGGUCACCCCAGCCACACUGGACGGCUUCCAAUAAAUCAAAACACAGGGGCAAUGGGCAGAAGAUUAUUGUCCCUUGUACUUCAGACCACGUGUGCUUAUUCAUAUGUCUGUGGUUAGCUCACUGGUUCUAACAGAGAGUGACAUUUAUUUCAUAAAAUUUAUACACAGCUUUUUUUUGUAAAAUAAAUAAACAAACAAAAACAAACAAACCUUGAAGAUAAUACAGUAAAAUAGAGGAAAAAAAUACAACCCUACUUUAAAAUAUGGAGGACUUUAAACACUAAAAACAGAUUAUAUAAACAAUUGAAUGGAUCUCUGUUUUAAGGAAGCCUCGGCAGGGACCUUAAAGGUAAUCUGGAGUAGGCCCUUUCAAGAAAUUGACAGCAUUCUUCUUCUUCUUCUUCUUCUUCUCCUCCUCCUCCUCCUCCUCCUUGCAAACCUGAGCCUCUUCAAGAGCAGGUCAGGUUGUCUGCCAUCCCUAAGAUCUGUCCUCACACCCCUCUGACAUCUGACAAGAUGACCUUUUGGAACUAGGAGUGGUCUGUGCUAUGAGUUUGCCUGGGACACACAAGCACAGGUGCACACAAGUGUGUGCACAAAGUCAUACAUACAAAUAGUAUUUGUACCUGCUGGCCCUUAAAAUUUCCCCUUGCUUCAUUCAUUCUGCCAUUCUUAUCUGUUUCCAGUUUAUCCUCUCAGCAGUUUCACAGACGUGCUUUUAGAAGAGGCAUAUAUACUCAGUAAGCUUUCCUAUCUCUUUAAGAAUGGCACCUAAUGUACAACAUGCCACUGCCCACCUCCGUUGCUGUUGGUCCCACCCAAUGCAUCUUUACUCAGAAGCCAGUCCAGCCAGUUCAGCAGGGCUCAUUCUCAUAGGAUUUCUGCUUUGGACACAUCCAAAAAACACCACUUGCAGAUCUGACUUUCCAGUGGUUUUCUGUGCUGAGCUACAAAAGCCACUUCUGCCUCAGGUUAGUUUUGAAACGAAACAUGCUGGGAGUUCAGAGAAUGCUGCUGCUGAAGAGGCAGAGGCUGGGGAAACCCAGGUCCACAGAUUGGUCUGUCAGGCUCACGCUUGCUUGGAAGUCCACCUAAAUUGGAUAGGAAUCCUGUGACUUGACUCGAGUUGAAUCUGGGCCAAGCGAAAGCAAAUGCACUGGGCAGCUCUUCUGACUUACUAUUGUUUAUUCAAUUUAUAUCCCACCCUUCCUCUUGAAGGAGGCCAGGGCAGCGUGGAAGGAAGUAGCUUCAUUGAGGUUGGAGAUGGAAAUGGGAAUAGUUUGAAAAAGAUUUGGAAGUAGUUUGAGAAAGGCUUCACUUCCCAUGGUACACACACGCAAACACUUUUUGUCGUAAUGUCGCUUCUGGUCAAACAGGGUUGGCUGGUGUUUGAAACAACAUAAAAAUGUUGCAAAACCUGUUUGCAAAUGGUGAAAGUGCAGGGCAUCCCAAGCAUGCAGGCGCCUAUGGGCAGACCACCCCUAUGCAUGCAAACCAUGAGCAGGGGUCCUCUUUUUGAAUUACCUUAAACUCUUCUACAGCAUGCCACCUUCCAAACCUAUUGCAUCUGUCUCCAGCUUAGUUGCUGAACGGGAUCUUCUGGCACACUCAAGCUCAAAAUCCCGGGCUGUUCUUGGGCAUCCAAGCCACGCAGGUGCCAGGAUCACAAUUCAUUAACUCCCUCCAAGUUCACAACAUUUAGCAGCACUUUCUCAGAUUCAAACCUGGCAACUGUCCUCGUUCGUGCCUUACCCUGACGCUGAAGAGUUGGAUGGCUGCCUUUGAAGGCUUCUUUGAAAGUUGAGUCAUUGCUUACAGAGGCCCUCCAGGCAGGCAGGCUGGGAGCGACAAUGCAGCAGGCAGACUAGGUAGCUGGCGAGGGUGUCAAAAUUAAAGGGAUCUCUUCCUCGAUGGCAUCAGUGGGCGAGCAGGAUCCCUUAUGCAACCUCAACCAUGGAUGGCUUUCAGGAGAAACUGAGAGUGUUCUCCAAAACCCACUGAAGAUUAUAAAGGGAUCUGAGGUGCUCAUCAGUUUGUUCUUGUUCUGUCAUAUCUGAAAUGGCAAAAAGCAUUGAGCUUGCUCUACUGAUUGAUGGUGGAGCAUGAAGCAUAUUAUACCAGUGUUGUGAUGCCUGCAUUAGCCUACUGGGCAUAAUUCAACGUGCUUCCUUGAUUAUAAUCAAGAGAAUCCUACAGCAGUGUUUCAAGGCUACAUUCUUAUGUCCCAUCGUAGGUCGUAGGAUAAUUUUGUUUGAUCCCCUUUUUAAAGUGAACUGACUUCAUUUGUACCUCUCAGACUAAUACACAGUUAAUGCAAUUAUCCUUUGGAGUUCACAGGUUUUUGAAUUUACUGAACCAGGUUGGAGGGACCUGUGCCCCUCCCGAUGUUGCUAGACGCCAUCAUCCCCGCCAACAGGCCAGGUUUGCAGAGGCUGGUGGGAAAUGGAGCUCAGCAACAUCUGGAGAGUUGUAGGUUUCUGACUCCUGUAUGAUAACAGUAAUAUACCAAAAUGCUUUUAAUAAUAGUACUUUAGAUGAAAAAACAUUUAGAAAUGAGAUAAAAUACACAUUUUAAAUAUGUAUCUUUUAAAUACAGAUGGCCAUAUGGAUUCAGACUUUGUUUAGGCAGACUGAUGUAAACAUGGGAAGGAAGGGUGCAUGAACACACGUGAAACUGAAAUAUUUAUUUAUUAAUUGAAUUGGUUUCCUGCCCUUCUCCCAAAGAAGCCCAAUUCAAAAAGUUAAAACAGUACAAUUAAAAAUAUAAACCUUUAAAAAACAUUGGGGGGGGGGGGAAUCUAAAACAUUUAGGUAAAGGUAAAGGACCCCUGGACAGUUAAGUCCAGUCAAAGGUGACUAUGGGGUUGUGGCGCUCAUCUCGCUUUCAGGCCGAGGGAGCUGACGUUUGUCCACAGACAGCUUUCCGGGUCAUGUGGUCAGCAUGACUAAACUGCUUCUGGUGCAACGAAAUACCGUGACGUAAGCUAGAGCACAUGGAAACACCAUUUACCUUUCCACCACAGCGGUACCUAUUUAUUUGCUUGCACUGGUGUGCUUUCGAACUGCUAGGUUGGCAGAAGCUGAGACAGAGCAACGGGAGCUCACUCAGUCGUGGGGAUUCGAACCGCUGACCUUCUGACCGGCAAGCCCAAGAGGCUCAGUGGUUUAGACCACAGCGUCACCCGCAUCAAAAACAUUCACAAAGAUUUAGAAUACCUAAAAACAUUUAACACAUUUACUUGGCCUGCCAAGGGUUCAGAUUUGACCCACAAAGUAAUUUCUCCCAAACCACACCCCCAUGCCCCACACCUGAUGCCACAUGUGAUGUCAGGUGUGAGGCAGGUAGAGAUGCAAUUGCCAAUGCACAUCUGGGAGUCUUAAAGUGCAGUCCCAAUUCUGCACUGGCAAGGGAAAGUAAACUUCGGUUCAAGGGCCCAUGAGGAGGAUUUCCCCCCCACAAAGUGUGUGUGUGUUGCAAUUGAGAAAGGAAGGAUUCAAUUUAUCUGCAAUUUUUCUCGCAGAUGUUCCAUUGAAAUGCAUGGGAGUUUCACAUGAGCGUGGUGUCUUUUGCAGCUUCCAUUCAUUGCUGUAAGACUUGCAGAUAACUUCCCAGUACAGAAGUGGCCCCAAUGCCUCUAAUAUGCUCAACUGUGGACUAGUUUGUAUACAUUAGGGAUGGACAAAUCUGUCAGUUUCUCAUUUUCCCAAUCUUAAAUUCAGUUCUCCACAUUUCCAUCCCAAUUUGUUAUAAAAACAAAUCCUCAUAAAACUGUAUCCACACUUUAGUGCAAGUUGCUCCUACAAACAUAUUUUUAUAUGCAGUUUCGCUUAACACAAACAUUUUCCAAGCAAUUUCUCCUAAUGUAAUGCACGUUUGCGUGCUAUUUUUUACCGAAGUAUGCAUUUUGAUGCACAUUUUACCUCAGGGUAUGCAUUUUUGUACACGUUACUUGGCUGGUGAAUUGCAUUGCAAAAUUCAGAGAUGGGCAAAUUUCAAAGGAUGACUGUGUUUUGGUCCCCAUAUUGUUUGUGAUUACUUAUGUUCAUCCUUAAAUGCAAACUGAAUCAAAUUUUCCCCAUCCCUAAAUUAAAGUCAAAGGGGUUUUUUUAUUUAAAAAGUGUGCUUGUGUCAGUUUCAGCAUUUGCUGUAUCGCUUUAGUUCCUCCAGUUCUGACCUUAUCAGUGCCACUUAACUAUGAUUAAAAAAAGAACUAUGAACAUUACCUAAUGUGUGUAGAUUGAUUGUUUUUCUUAGUCUAGCUGUUUCAAGAGGCUACAGGAAACCAGCGGUCUACCACUCCAAUUUUCAAUAAAGCCAUUAGAGAAGCACAAAUGUUCAGUGAUUUCACUGAGACUCUAAAGUAACCCAAGAUGAAAUCAGACAAACAACAAUGAAAAGAUUUUACUGCAUUGUAUUGCUGUAAUACCAUUAUUCUGUUCUAUUACUGCAACAAAUGUGUAGGUAUCCUAAUCACAUUGAAUAAUAUUUUGCUCUUGAGUUUGGGAAGAUGCACCAACAUAACCUGUAUGCUAAUAGAAGCUGUGUGUAUAUAUAUCGUCGAAGGCAGGUCACCUUGAAUACAAAUGGUACAUAUUUCCUAAGCAUCUUUCCUUGAAAGUAAGCUCUAUUGGCUUCAUUUCAAUCUAUUUUAUAAUAUGAGCAGAUUUGAGAGAGGAAAGAGAGAGAAAUGUUCCUCAUUUCUUGUUGCUGAAACAAUUCUGUUUUUUUUUUUAAAUAAUUUUUAUUAAAGUUUUGAACAACAGAAAGAAAAGAAAAACAUACACAAUACAUAUAACAAAAACACACACACAAAAAACAAGAUUCAACAAUAAAAGAACAGAAAACAUAACAAUUAAAAACAAUAUCUCUUUUCCAUUUCCGUUUUUUUGUUACUUAUUUUCUGGACUUCCUCAUACCUCCCUCUUUUGUAUUCCAAUCCAAAUUGUUUGUCCAGCAAUUUCUUUUCCACUUUUUUAAUCCCAAUCUUUAGCUUUAAUAAGAUAUUGAAAUAUAUAACUUCAACUUCUUUAAACCUGAUCUUUGGUCUUAGUAUCAUAUAACAUUAAAAUUUUCCCUCUUAAUGUCAAAUUUCCAUUUCUUUAAACAUCUUUAAUCCUAAUUUUUAAUCUUAGUCUAUCAUUAACUUUAACCUGUACAGCUGGAAACCGCUUAUUUUCAAUCCAACAUCACUCUAACAUUCUUUAAUUUUGCAAUGUUUCUGAAGAUAGUCUUUGAAUUUCUUCCAAUCUUCCUCCAUCGACUCUUCUCCCUGGCCACGGAUUCUACCAGUCAUUUCCGCCAAUUCCAUAUAGUCCAUAAGUUUCAUCUGCCAUUCCUCCAGCGUGGGAAGUUCUUGUGUCUUCCAAUACUUUGCGAUGAGUAUUCUUGCUGCUGUUGUUGCAUACAUAAAGAAAGUUCUAUCCUUUUUAACACCAUUUGGCCGACUAUGCCCAGGAGAAAGGCCUCUGGUUUCUUAGGGAAGGUAUACUUAAAUACCUUUUUAAUUCAUUAUAUAUCAUUUCCCAGAAAGCCUUAAUCUUUGGGCACGUCCACCAAAGGUGAAAAAAUGUACCUUCAGUUUCUUUACAUUUCCAACAUUUGUUAUCGGGCAAGUGAUAGAUUUUUGCAAGCUUGACUGGGGUUGUGUACCAUCUGUAUAUCAUUUUCAUAAUAUUCUCUCUUAAGGCAUUACAUGCCGUAAAUUUCAUACCUGUGGUCCAUAACUGUUCCCAGUCAGCAAACAUAAUAUUAUGUCCAACGUCCUGUGCCCAUUUAAUCAUAGCCGAUUUUACCGUUUCAUCCUGAGUAUUCCAUUUCAGCAGCAAGUUGUACAUUCUUGACAAAUUCUUAGUUUUGGGUUCUAACAAUUCUGUUUCUAAUUUGGAUCUUUCCACCUGGAAGCCAAUUUUCCUGUCCAAUUUAAAUGCCUCCAUUAUCUGAUAAUAAUGAAGCCAGUCUCGCACUAUGUUUUAUAGUUUUUCAAAACUCUGCAAUUUCAGUCUAUCUCCGUCUUGUUCCAAAAUUUCCCAAUAUUUCGGCCAUUUGACCUCCAUAUUGACCUUUUUCAAGGCUUUUGCUUCCAUUGGUGACAGCCACCUUGGGGUUUUGUUUUCUAGCAAAUCCUUAUAUCUUAACCAAACAUUAAAUAGCGCUUUCCUGACAAUGUGGUUUCUAAAUGCUUUAUGUGCUUUGACCUUAUCAUACCAUAGAUAUGCAUGCCAUCCAAAUACAUUAUUAAAACCUUCCAAGUCCAAAAUGUCAGUGUUUUCAAGAAGUAGCCAUUCUUUCAACCAGCAAAAAGCUGCUGAUUCAUAGUAAAGUUUGAGGUCUGGCAGGGCAAAUCCACCUCUUUCCUUUGCAUCUGUUAGUAUUUUAAAUUUUAUUCUGGGCUUCUUGCCCUGCCAGACAAAUUUAGAAAUAUCUUUCUGCCACCUCUUGAAACAAUCCAUUUUGUCCACAAUCUGCAAAGUUUGGAACAAAAACAACAUUCUAGGCAAUACAUUCAUUUUUAUCGCAGCAAUACGGCCCAGCAGUGAAAGCUUCAAAUUUGACCAAAUUUCUAAAUCUUUUUUUCACUUCAGACCAGCAUUUUUCAUAGUUAUCUUUAAAUAAGUUCCCAUUUUUUGCUGUCAUGUUAAUCCCCAAAUAUUUAACUUUCUUAACCACUGUUAAACCUGUCUCAUUCUGAAACCUCUCUCUUUCAAUCGGUGUUAAAUUUUUCUCUAAAACCUUGGUUUUUGACUUAUUCAGUUUAAAUUCUGCCACUUGACCAAAUUCUUAAAUCAGUUCUAAAACCCUUUUAGUACUAGAUUCUGGCUCCUGUAACGUCAAUACUAAGUCAUCUGCAGUUGCUGGAACAAUUCUGAUACUCCCAAUGGAAGUUGUAAGUUCAGUGUAGAUAAAAAGAAAACACACAUAAUUAAAUUAAAGGAUUCACUAGAAAUGGUAAACUCUAGAAGCUUAAAGUGUUUUAAAAGGGGAAGGGGGAAGGAUUGGAUAAAUUAAGGGAGAAUAGUCCUAUUAACAGUUACUAGUCAUGAUACUUAAAUGGAACACCCUUUUUCUGAACCCAUAUACUACUGGGAAUCAGUAACAUAGAAGGUGGAAAGAGCAUCACUUUUAUGUUCUCCCUUGCUUAUGAACAUCCAGAAAUAUCAGGUCAGCUCCUUCUGGAAACGCUGGAGUAAGACUGCAAGGAAGCAACCUCUGUUGAACUCAAUACGGCUUAGUUCCAAUUAUAUAUCUAUAGGACUGCACUGUGAAUGGGGAUUCAGUACCAUCCCUGUUGCACAGGAGGGCAAAGUGAUCUACUUUGAAUACUGAAACACUGCUGAUCAUAUCAAAAUGUGUAUUGCAUAUGAAUGGGUGGGUCAGUUUAUUUCUCACCGGUGUCCAUUUCACAUGUAUUCAUUCAUAAAUCCAUUUCCCAUCCAUCUAUGAAAAUUACAUUUUUUAACCAAUUCAGUUCAAACAAACAAAAUGAGCAUAGCUGAUAAGAUACAUCAGUUUGAUUCCUUUUAACAUAGCCUUCCAGAUAAGUCCAUCCCUAGAUCUAAGUAUGGAUUACAAGAUACACACAUUUUCUAAAUCAGGCUAAGCAAAGCAAAUCCUAAAAUCUUACCUGCAUCUGAAAGGUUAGUAUCAGGGCAAAGGAGAUGCUCUACCCAGGAAAGGUAGAGAAUAUGCUUUGCAUGCAGAAGGUCCCACAUUUAAUCCCUGACAUCAACUUCAGUUUAAAAUAGGAUCAGGAAGCAGAUGGUGAAUAAGGCUCCAAUCUGAGAUCCCAAAGAACAGCUACUAUUCAGAGUAGACUCGUAUAGAAUUGUAGAGUUGGAAGGGACUAGAUGAGCAAAUGGACUAAAUGGACAAAUGCUACCACCUAGAAUAAGGUAGCUUCCUAUGUUAUACAGAAUAAUUCAGAAGCUGUUCUCAAGGAGAUCAGCAUGGGACUUAGAAGAGGAUCUUUGAUGUAUGCUGGUCCCAGUACAUUCAAGAAUGAAUGUAAUCAUGCUUUAGUCUUCUGGUGUGGUUCUCUUUGGGACCCAACCCUAUAAUUUGGUUUCACUGAAGGAUGCUCAAGAUCUAAGCAAGAAUAUCAUUGAUUGUAAGGUAAUGCUCCUAUAACGCAUAAUGUCCUUGAACUCCAAAGAGAUUUUUAGACUGAGUCCAAAUCCAGUUUAGCUGAUGCACUGUGGCUAUAGAUGGCUUUGAAUUCAAGUAUUGAAGAACGUGGAUAGCUAAAACUGAAAUCUGUGUGUCCAUGCAACAUCCUGGAUCACAGCCUAUCAUCAUCUGGUGAAAUGUAAUGUAAUGAUCUUCACUCUUUCAAUUUGCUCUUUUGGAAAAAGUGUUCAUCAAAAUAUAUGAGAAGACCAGUACACAUUCGUUGAACUAACAAUGGAUUAGAUGUUCUCCUGUUGUAAAGGACUCUGUGGGUUUUAAAGAAGCAGUACCAACUUGGUACAGGCAAGGAUCUGGCCCAAUUCAUUAAAAGUCAAUUUUAAUGAUAUUAUAUCUUGAAAUUUAUACACUGAAAUCCUUUCAGCAGAAUACUAGAUGAUAAUCCCAUUACAAUUUGAAUGGACAUGGACAACUAAUUUUAUUAGCAUGCCUGACUGAUGAUGUGAUCAAAUGACUCAUUUAUUAAGAAAAUCAUAAUUGUGCUUGUCACUCAGCAUGGCAGAAUUGCAUGCCGCUUUGGAUGACUCACAAAAUUGGCUUACCCACCGAAAGCUGAUUGACUGGUAUGAGAAACACUAUUCCAUAUCUAAGGACGCCUGCAUAAAAGGAAUUGUUGUCUCAUUGACCCAAAUACAUGUUCCAGGGAGAUGUCAGGGGAGGCCAUGGAUCCACACCCCAAACAGGCCCUCCAAGUAGCCCUGCUUCUGAUAUGGUUAAUUCCCUCCCAUUGCAGUCAAUGGGAGGAGCAGAGAUGGUUGGGGGGGGAAUAGGAAAAGGGAGAUGUGUCCCACUUUAUACCUACCCCUUAGCUAGUCAUCAGAGCUUAGGAUGUGGCAGUAGUUCUGAAAGGAUUCUCCCCUGCCCAACACCCACACACCCACAAUAGGAUUUAUAGGUGCUGGGUUCCGCCCAGCUUUGGGGCCUGCCGCCAUGGCUGUGGGGAGGCCCACUGGGCCCCUCAUAGUGAGGCCUGACGGGGUCUGGCCCCUCAAGAUUGGGGGUGCUUAGCUAAAUCGCAAUAUGUUUUGGGAAUUGGUGCCUAUGAUAGUAUUCCUUUUCCCACCUCCUUUCAGCCUGUUACUACUGUUUUAGUUAAUAAUAAUAAUAAUAAUAAUAAUAAUAAUACUAUAUUAUUUAUACCCCGCCCACCUGCUGGGUUUCCCCAACCACUCUGGGCAGCUCCCAACAGAAUAUUAAAAACACGAUAAAACAUCAAACAUUAAAAACUUCCCUAGACAGGGCUGCCUUCAGAUGUCUUCUAAAAGUAAGAUAGUUGUUUAUUUCCUUGACAUCUGAUGGGAGGGCGUUCCCCAGGGUGGGCGCCACCACCAAGAAGGCCCUCUGUCUGGUUUCCUUAGUAUCCCCCAGUUUACAAGUUUUCUGCUGCAUUGUAUUCUAUUGUCACAGUUAUCAAAUUUUUAACUUUGUUUUCUUUUAUGUUUUAAGGUAUAACUGCCUUAUGAAUACCAUGAAUAAAAUAGUAUAGUGGUACCUCGGGUUACAUACGCUUCCGGUUACAUACGCUUCAGGGUACAGACUCCGCUAACCCAGAAAUAUUACCUCGGGUUAAGAACUUUGCUUCAGGAUGAGAACAGAAAUCGUGCUCCGGCGGCGCGGCAGCAGCAGGAGGCCCCAUUAGCUAAAGUGGUGCUUCAGGUUAAGAACAGUUCCAGGUUAAGAACGGACAUCCGGAACGAUUUAAGUACUUAACCUGAGGUACCACUGUAUAUUAUUAGAAACCUCCACUGGGCCAAUAGCCCUGGCAUUGCCAAAUUCUACGGUGGCUGCAUGACCACUUCAGUGAACGUAAUUUCAGAGACCAGAUGCUGAGCUAGAAAGAGCUAGAAUGCCACUUGCUCCAUACAGCACUUUCCGUUUUAACUGGGUCUGUAGAAUUUCCGCAUAUGGUGAGGUGUACUCAGGAAAGCACCUGAUCGUUAAGGUAUGAUGCUGCGUUGUGACAUGCUUUAGUUUGACAUGGGGUUUAAAUGAGCAGAAGUGUAAAAUGAGCCUUAGGCCAACACUGAAAGAAUCUCAGUCAGAGAUGCUCAGUGAUUCAGUGAGUUCGGUUAGGAUGUUAAUGUCUCUGUGCUCAUGCCACAUUCUUUCCCAGUAGCCAACAACAUCAUAACUUGUUCAUUAGUGAAAACAAUACCUUCUGAGUCUGCAAAAAUGAAGCUAUUUGUAAAACCCAAAGUAAACUGAAUUAGAGCAGGUCUACAAGACGGUCAUUCCUUCUUCAUGGGAAACCCUGAAAAUUGUAAUUAAGAGUUUCUAAUAAUCACCUCAACAAACUACAAUUUCCAUGAUUCUUUGGGAAUAAAAAAUAGUCUAUGCUUGUACUUUGGAUAUGCCCCUAACAUGCUUGUACUUUGGAUAUGCCCCUAACAUCCCCAUUUACAUCAGGGCAAUAUAACAUUCAUCUGAUAUUUUCUGUAAAGCAAUAUUUGGUCCUGGAUUACUGUAAAGGAACUUUCAAAGAUAUGAAGGGAAAUAUUCCUAAAGACUACUUUUGAUAUUUAUUUUAGAUGGGCUUGAAACUGCCUUCCCUUCCUUUCAAUAUGUUUCCUAUCCUUAUUUGGAACAUAGUUUUUAAAAAAGAAGUAGAAUUUUAACAGAGUCCCUCCACCCGCCUGCCAACCAAGGCCCUUAUCUUUUGUGACCAUCCCCUUAGCUACCGUUUUCAGAGGACUAUGAGUGGUGCAUGAUUUGGCUAAAUUUGAUAUGAGAUUCAAGGCAAGGCAUAUAGGUUCUAUUAAGGAACCCCAUACUUUACCUCCAUAAUUUGUGCAUUGUAAUACGGGCAAGGACAAACAGAUUAGGAAGAACCAAAUAUGUCUUGUAUCCAUCACAGAACUGAGACCCACUCGGCACUCCAUCCAAUGAGACUGCAGAAAUUUGCCGCAGGAUGGCAAAACUGUCUCCUAUAUAGCGUGUCCUCCCUAAAAGAGGGCACAUGUUGUGGUGAGACCUGGACACUGACCUCUUGGUUGUGGGUGGGUCUAUUGGACAGCCACAACACCCGAUUGGUAGGUCCCUCAUUGCUGGGUUUAAUCUGGCCAAUGGGGAGCUGUCUAGACGGGCCAAGGGACCUAUAUAAACCCAUGCAUGUGACCCAGAGUUUCCACUUUUGGCUUGUGCAUCGGAACACCUGGCCACCUCUUCCUAUAUUUAGGGCAUUUUGCGACUGACCUUGCUAUGCCGUCGUGUGUCGUCUGUCGUUGGGACGGGGGCACGGCAGGAAUUUUCCCACUUGGCCAAUUGGCUGUUGCCAUUUGGGUUUCGCCUGCACAACUUGUAAGGUUGCGGAUGGGCACUGGUUCAUGUGAUAGGGAUGGGAGAACAGUCUUGCCAUCCCUAUGUGAAGGAUAUUUCGUUAAAGGAAUCCAGGGACUCAACUUGGUUUGGCUAACCCCCGAAAAGGGGUUGUGCCCAUUCCUGAGUCCAGGGGAGCAUCUAGGGAGUGAAUAGAGUCUAUUCCCAGGCUUUUCACCUGCCUCAGGUGUUCACCCUUGGCUGACUAUGAUAGAGCUCUUGGUCAGCGCUACCUGCAAGGGUGUAGGGAGCUAGUCAAACCAGAGCCUAUGCAACCACUCACUUUUCUGUUAUCAAGAAAGUUGUGGCCUAAAUUCUGCCAAAAACCAAAGCUAAAAUUUGAGUCAAAUGUGUGUUUAUUUAGGGGGGAGGUCUCUGGGUCUGAACAUGCAAAUAACAUACACCGUGCAGACUUUAUUUUCCACACAGUGUCAAUGAAUCUUCAACAUGAUGGUCAAACAAUUGAGAGCCAAUGCAGAUGCUACUGGAGCUGUAGCACCCUUUCUCUUAAAAUACCUGUUCAUAAGAGUGAUCUACUCUCAUGGUGUGAGAGCAUUAGUGUGUUAGGCUACUGGUCCUCUUCUGUGAACAGGAAAAGCCACAAGUUGCCAUUUUCCUGUUCAUGACAGGGAAAGGAAAAUAUUGUGUGAAUUUGCUCUUCCCAAGUAAGGCUCCUCACUUAGAUGGAACAUGUGUGUGAUCAGUUUUUUUACAGGGAUUAGGAACAUCUGUACUGGGUUAAUGAACUACUGCCUCUUCAGGAAAUGAGUGAUAAUUUUGUUUUGACUUCACUGGGAUCAAUAUAUGUAUGUAAAUAAUUUGUGUACAUGACAUUUUAUAACUGUGAAGACACAGGGACAGAGUUAUUGGGAGUUUUUUCCCCCCUUUGGAGGCAGCUAGAAAAGUAUUCUUGCAAAAACAGAAGCCAGGUUGGAAAUCUGGCACUGAGUAUUUAAAAACCAGCACGAUGCUUUAUGCCAGAGAGUCAAUCUUUCUAGGCAGUGACUGUCAUAGUAAGAUAAAAAACAUUGCCCCAAGGUCACUUUUGCAGGAAUUCUCAUUUCAUACCUGCCUUCAAAUGUAUCUUGUGAGUACAUGUUUGGGAGAAGAAACAAAAAGAUUACAUUACAGUAUGUUAGAAGGGUAGGAUAUCUUAACAUUUACUAAAGUUCUGCUUAUAACUUUCUCUAAAAGAAAACAAAAAAAAAAUUAUGUCACAAUGUCAUAUAAAAGUUUGGUACACAAGAAAAAAAGCAAUCCCUCUGCAUUGAAAAAUGAUGUUUACGUGCAGUGAAAUAAUGAUUUUGUGAUUAUACAUGUUUGGGGAAUGUAGAGUGGAUCUUUUUUUAAAAAACAAAAAACAAAAACCACCACUAAAGCAUUUGGGCUGAAAUCCAGCACAAAAUUAGUGCAUUUACAGCAUAAUCCUAAACCUAUUUACUCAGAAGUUAGUCUCACUGUGUUGAAUGGAACUUUCUCCCUAAUAAGUGCUUUUAGGAGUGCACAUUAAAAUGAAUGGCAGGAGAGUCAACUUGAAUAAAAUAUUGUUGGGCCCAGGUAAGGCCUGCCCCACAUAAUCUAUCACAUGAUGCAGUGCACUCACACCAUGAACUAUGUGGGGGCCCUCAAAUAUUUUAUUGUGGAGGCAGAAGCCCCCACAGCCCCUAAGCAUUGGCUCCCAUGAUGAAUGGACUAAAGUAUGUGUAAACCUGUGUUCAGUUACUUAGUUAUUUUUUUACCUCCAUUCACCAAACAUGUUCACAGGCCAAUUUACAAAAAAAUGUGGUAAUAGAAAACACAAUAAACUAAUAAUGAAAUGCCUUCCAUAGUUCUGGUUACAGGUAGGUAGCUGUGUUGGUCUGCUGUAGUCAAAACGAAAUUAAAAAAUUCCUUCCAGUAGCACCUUAGAGACCUUCUUCAGAUCUGAAGAAGUGUGCAUGCACACAAAAGCUCAUACCAAUAACAAACUUAGUUGGUCUCUAAGGUGCUACUGUUGUCUUUGUCCAUGGGGUUUUCUUGGCAGGGAUACUGGAGUGGCUUGCCGGUUCCUGCUCCAGGACAGUGUUCUCGAAGCUACCAGCAUGAGUUUGACCAAACUGCGGGAGGCAGUGGAAGACAGGAGUGCCUGGCGUGCUCUGGUCCAUGGGGUCACGAAGAGUCGGACACGACUAAAUGACUAAACAACAACAACAAGAUGCUACUGGAAGGAAUUUUUUUGUUUGGUUAAAAAUGAAAUGUGAUUCUCAAAUUACAUUAAUAACAUAGCAUCAUCAUUAAAAUAACUUAACCCACCAACCUCUAAAAGCCUGACAAAAAGCGAGUUGUCAUCUGGCAUUUAAAAGAAUGUAAACUUGAGUCAUGGUGACCUUCAGUGGGGAGAUCAUGCCAUUGAUUCUGAGCCACUACCAAAAAGGCCCUUUCACAAGCCCCUGCCAGGAAGUCUCAGGAGUGCCUCUUAAUAAUCUUAAUAUGUGGACAAAUUGAUAUGAGACAAGGCUCCUUCUGCACUGCAGGAGGUUGGACUAGAUGCCUCUCGGGGUCCCUUCCAACUCUACUAUUUUAUGCUUCUAUGAUGUUUUAGCUUUCUAAGUUGGGUAGAAAGUUCAGUACUAAACACAACUUUCAGUUGGGCUUGUUAGUUAUGGAGGUUUUUUGUUUUUCCUUGCAUUUCCUCUCUCACUUGUUUUGCUCCUCUUUCUGAAACAUAACAAAACAGGCAAAAAAUCCAUUCAUGCAUUCCGAUCCAUUAAGUUGGCAACUGUUUCAUAGCUAACACGUUUCAAAGGCAGUAUGCUUUGGGCGGCAUUUUUCUACUUGAUUCCACAAGCUGAAGAAUAGACUCCCCCCCAGGCCCAAUCGAAUAACACCAGUGAAAUGUGGUGGGUGUUCUGCAUCUUGCAGGAUCUAGCUAUUUAUCAGAGCAAUGGGUAUCUUAUAUAACUUUCAAGGCCACCAUUUUUCAUUGCAAGGGUUUUGUUUAAUGGUCAUGUCUGUAGUGAAUGAUGGAAUAGAAGGAGGCAGAUCCAGCUAAUCGGGGGAAAGAUGGGUCCUCGUCUCCAAUUUGCUGCCUAUGAAUUAUGACUUCUAUAGAGAUGUGAAAUAAUGCAGCUUAUGGCACAUAAUUGGCAAGCUCUGCUGUAUUUUCCAUCUUUAUAUUUUCACAAUCAACAUAUAAUUCAGCACAUGUCUCUUCAGAUAACUCCCUCCCUGACCUCUUGGCUUUAAAUAGCAGAAAAUGCAACGUAUGUUUUCCAGGGAGAUUAAUACAAAUUUGUCUUUUUUAUUUCCUAGAAUACCUAAUUUAUGGCACAGCUGGUUUGGUGGUUCUAAACAUUUUCGGAGCCCAAUGUCCACUAUGAUAGGAGUUGUUCUACAGAGGAAACUCCCUCCUUUCUCUUUACUUCCUUGAGACUACUGAGUGCAGGGCUGAAGUGAGGAUUUUUAACAGUCAAACCUAUGUAUAUUUACCUCAUAGAAUUGUAUAAUUGGAAAGGGCCAUCAUGGCCAACCCUCUGCAGUGCAGGGAUCCUUUACCCCAUGUGGGGCUCGAACGCAUGAGCCUGGGAUUAAGAGUCUCAUGCUCUACAGACUGAACUAUCAUAAGUAACUCUCAGAAUUCAAUGUGAUUUAUCCCCUAAGUCUCACUGAUGUCCAUGGGGGGUAUAUGAAAGCAAAUAUGAAUACUGUUUGUAAAUCUCUUGUCCAAAGUAACAAUGAGUUUUAUUAGGGCAUAGGAACUUUCUGUAAAUACUUUAACCUACAUUUAUGAAAAAUAUAAAACUCUUUGAAAGAAAGCUGUUCUUUAUUCCAUCCAUCCCAAUAUAUUGAUCGUAUUCCCUCCCCCGCCCCCGCUGAUAAAGUAUUGCAUGCUUUUUCAAGAGAGGGUGUGUACCACUGCUCUUACACAGUGUUAGAAACAUCACAUGCAUGGCACCCAGUAUGAAUGACUGAUGUCAUUUAUUUUCACCCACUCACGUCCAUCAGCUUUUUGUGACAGUAGCAUUGCUACUCCAGUUGUCUUUGUACAGAUGCAGAACAUGAACCAAUAACAAGCAACUGGCCACAAAGCAGGCUUUUCUACUCUAUGGAUUGAAUGUGGUAUGGACUGCUCUCAUAUUCUCAUAUUGAUUUUAGUAACCAUCAGAACCAGCCAAAUCUUAACCAGCCAAAAUUAAUAGUUCCAUGAUUGAAUUAAUAGAAAUUGACUCUUGUGAGUGCAGCAUAAGAUACCUUGUUUUGUGCUUUCUGGUAGGACUUCACAUUUCCAACUAAUACUGUAAACACAAUGACUGAAAGUAGUUUGUAACCAAUCUUCAACCCCUGUUCAGGCAGGUGCAACAAUCCCCUCUUUAAGUAUCACCAUUUACUAUUCAUUAUUCUAACAUAGCUUUCUGGGCUCUAUUCUUCAAGGAUUCUUUUUUCUUUUGCAUUGUACAGAUUCACAUGAAAAUGGAAGGGGAAGGGAAGCUGCUCAUGUAGCCUCCUUGAGCAUUCAGAUAAAGUGGGAUACAAAUAUUUUAAGAACAGGGGAGCAACAGUUAUGGUGAAACUGAUCAUCUGUCUUAAGGAAAAGCAGACAACCGGAUAUCAAGUUCUUAGGGGGAAAUGAUGUUUGGCAUGUAAUAAUGCGGCAUUUUUGAAUAAUAUUAGCUCAUGCAUUAAUUUACUUUGUUAUCAAUACAGAAGGUGGUAGCCAACUUAAUUAUUGUGCAUCUGGAACAACUUCCCUUCGCAUCCCUGCAUUGCCGCCACAUUUGUUCUGGAGGAUUGGGGGGAAACCCAGAACGGUUUUGGGGGAGCACACAGGAGAGGAAAAGUUUUCUUGUGCUCACAAGCAUUGUUCUGUGCAUGCAGUGGUUUAGUUUGCUUCUGCCCAUACACACAAAUAAACAAGGUUGAAUGAAUAUAUAGACAUAAAAAUGUAGACAAGUUCAAGUUGUUGAUACAGCAAUCCUAUGCACACUUACUUGGAACCAAGGCCCAUGGAAUACAGUGGAGCCUGCAAGUUCACUCUGUACCUAUUUUAAUAAAUAAAAUGUACUGCAUGGAUUCUUAAAUAUUUGUUGCCGUAACUUUGGGUGGUGCUUAAUUCUCCCCGGUCAGCCAUGAAAUUCACCAGAUUACUUUGUGUCAGUCACUAUUUCUCAGUGUAACUUUAGCUGCGUUAUACCCCCACAUGUCAGUUGACAAAUUCGGUAAGAAAUGAGCAGUUGCUGCCCAGAGCAGCCAUGGGAGAACUAGAGAGGGGGAAAGAGUCAUGCCCGCGUGACUGGCUGACACCACUGUUGGCCUUGGCCGGUAAUCGGGGCCGCUGGGACAUGCCUGCAACUUUUGGAAUUCUGUGGGCCAAUCAGGGCUCUUGCUCUGGCGGCAGACCUAUCAGAGCCAGACUUCUGUUGGGUCCACAUCCAGAGCAUAAAGGCCACCCAUUCUGCGAAUAGGGAGCAUGGUCAAAAAUCAGACAUCCGACCCACCCUGUAUAUGUUGGCUCUGCCCGGAGGUAAGUGGGCUAUACAUAUGUAUAGCCUUACUGUGUAAUUAAUUGGUCACCAUAUUCAGAGCCAGGGAGGAAUUUGCCUGUAGACGAAUUGGGCCUGUCUGGGGUUUUUGCCUUCCUCAUAGGAACUGCCACAACUUUGGUGGAAAGGUGGCAUUGGGUUGGAUCCUUAGUCUAAGCAGGGUGUGUGUAUGUCUCACCCCCCCGUCCAGGAUCAAAUGCAGGGUAUGCUGGUAAAGGGGUCCAGGGUUUGGGUUCUGUCCUAAAGCCCAGAUGGGGGCUAAUAGGCCACAGAAGUGGCAACCGGGCAGGUUUAUCCCAUUGAUUUGCAUCAUGGGGGGGGGUCCUUAACCCCAGGAUUGACCCUGAUGGAGUAUCAGCCAGCAACCAGGUUGGCUGAUUCAGGAUAUAUACCCAAUGUUUAUGCCUACAGCCCACUUACAUCUGUAAUCAAUAAAAAAGUUGUGGCCACUUCAGUCCCAAGAUGGUGUUUUGUCUUUCUUUGCUGUUCCUGCUCCACCUACCCCCUCCUUGGUAGCCUCUGGCCUGCUGCAUAUGGGCAAAGAAAACAUAAGAAUAUCAGAUCAAAGACCUAUAUAGUUCAGCAUUCUGCUGUCCUCAGCUUGCCAACCAGAUGCUCCCUGGGAAGACUACAAGCAGGGCCCAAGGGCAAUGGUUUUCUCUCAAUAUUGCCCUCUCACAGUGGGCAUGUAGCACAUGCUGUCUCUGGAAUUGGAGAUUCAAUUUAGCUGUCAUGACUAAUAGCUAGUGAUAGACCUAAUCCUCAUGAAUUUGUUUAAUUCUUCUUUAAAGCUGUCCAUGGCAGUGACUCACUUCUUGAGGAGCGAAUUCCAUAUGUUAAUUAUUUGAAAUAUGAAAAGUGCUCAGUUGUCUGUUCUGAAUGUACUACUAACUUAUAUUCCUAGUUUUCAUUUCUUCCAGAGUUGUUUCUUUUAACAUGACUUGUAUUGAUAAUGGAAGUACUAGAUCGUAUUUUGGGAUGGCCAUAUCUCAUAGACAAUCUUCUUGGUGGCAGGUGGAAGCACCAAUGUAUAAGUAACAGAGUACCUUCUUGGUGACAUUUUAUCACACUGGGAUUCCUUUCCUCAUGAUGGUCCACCAAAACAUGAGUCUGAGCAUUUUUAGGGCAUAUCUGGUGGCCACAGAUUAAACAAGGAUUGUUUUAGCAGUAUUUAAAAUAUGAUAUAGUAUGAAGAAUGUUAACAAAGAUUCAUGAAAUAGUAAGUUGGUGAGCCCUUGCGGUUUUUCUUAAGAUUCUUUCACCUAAUUGUAUCCAAUGGCUGGCGUUGGAACUUAUGCACAAAAUGUGCUCUGGGUCAGAACUGUUAUUUCAGGGCAAAAUGAAUUUUCAAGGGUAAAACGAAUCUCUCAGAUACAACAGAGCCUUAAAAUAACCCAAUAAGAAAAGGGAAUUACAAGCACUGAUGCCAGACUAUUUUCUACUUCAUUUACAUUCUAAAGAACAAAUACUAUCAUGCUCAGGAUCAUGAGUCAUCAGUGAAAACCACAGUGUUUUUAAAUUUAAUGAGGCAAGAGGAUGAUGUUUCAUCAAUAUGGCAUCAAGCUUUUUAUAACUCUGGGGUGGUAAAUUGCUUUGGAUUUUUGUCUGUUUUCUGCCCUUCCUUCUGUCCUUCAACACUGGAGAAGAUUCACUAGCAGUUUUCAGCAAAGAAGAAGGAAAAAGGCUUAUGGUUUGAUUAGUGCCAUUUAGUACCAUUUAACACAACCUGAGUCAAUUCUAAUCUCAGGAUAUUGCUUUUAUGUCACACAGGAAUCCCUAGAUUUCUUAGCAUUUUUCAAGUUUAUGGGGUUUACAAAUAAAAGUAAAAUAAAGUAGCAUUCCUUUGUUCGUCCUCUGCAGCAAGAACAACAGGGUGGUUCUGCAGCACCUGAAAGACAAAAUAAACUAAGUGGCUAGUGGCCGAUCACAAAGCCAUCUAAGGCUGCCAUUCGAACCAUGUCUAUUCAGAAGCAAGUCCCACUGAAUUCAGAGGGCCUUACUCCCAAGUAAACAGAAUUAGGUUUGUAGCCUUUCUCAUUAAGCUGAUUUCACUAUUCAGUAUAAACUUGUAAUUCUAUAUAGCUUCCCUUACUCAGACAUCAGGGAGGGCAAGUUUAACACCUAUCUGAUAUUUUGCUCUUCGUGUGCUGGAUAGUUGGAAUUACUUCUGCCACUUAACCACAUACGAGUCCUUUUUAAAACUGCAGCAUUAGCCUUUCCUUAAGCAUUUGGUUGGCCAUUUAAGAACAGGGGCCCGGCCUGAUCCAGUAGGGCUCUUCUUAUGUUCUUAUGAAAAGAACAAUAAUCAGCAAUGCAUUCAACUGGUUUUUAAAAUUCAUUGUAAGAAGAGGAUUAAGGCUGCAGUCCUAACCUCACUUACCUGAAUUCAAGAUUGGUCUGACGUAGUCGAAAUAAAUAAAAAAAAUUAAAAAUUGUCCAGUAGCACCUUAGAUACCAACUAAGUUUGUUCUGGGUAUAAGCUUUUGUGUGCAUGCUGGGUAUAAGGUUUCGUGUGGUAUCUGAAGAAGUGUGCAUGCACACAAAAGCUUAUACCCAGAAUAAACUUAGUUGAUCUCUAAGGUGCUACUGGACAAUUUUUUAAUUUACCUGAAUUCAGUGGGAUUUGCUUCUAGUUAGGACUGCAGCCCUCAUGCAAAUAUAGUCUAGCUCAGAGGUGCCAGCUUAUGCCAAAGAUGGAGGAACCUUGAUGUUACACGUGUGUGAUGUCACGCGUGUGUGGAACGCACACAUGCAAUGUCACGUACGUGACGUCAUGUGGUUGGGAGGAGGAGAGCAUGGAGCUGGGCACAGCCUGGCCUCAACGGCUGACAGCUCCUCUCUCAAGCUUGGCCUCUGUGAUGAAUGAUUCACUUUGAAAAGUGUAGUCAAAAUGGGAAGGUUUAGAAACUCACGCAAGACCAAUUUCCAUAAAAACAUACAAGAAACUUUAUUAGAACAAAACUCUGUAAAAAGGAAAAGCUUCAAAUGAUUACACAGAUUAAGACUGCUCAGAUGCUUAAAAAAUAACAAAACUAUCUUAUCCUAGCUAGCUAACUGAUACACUUACGCAAAAUACCGAACAGGCACUGACCGUCCAUGCUGAGAGCUCCUUAUGCUCGCCCCAACCCAAGUUUUAAGGGAACUCUAUGGACGUUCACCCCUUUUGCCCAACAAUAUUGGCACCUGCUCCCAUUACAUGUCUUUGAUUACCGUUCGACACUGUCCUUGAGGCCUUAAUGAGAGGCUCAGUAUUCCAGGAAUUCUAACAAAGUCCCACACAACCUGCAAGCUAAUCUUAAAGGGACUAUAUCACCACAGCCUCCUCUGCUCCCUCAACAUUGGCCCCUGGAGCCAGUGCCCCUGAUCUAGCUAAUAAAAGACAACAAACAACACUUCAGAAAAAAGGAAAAGCCACAAGGCACCUACUGGAUUUGUAUCUAUUUACAUAUUGCAAUAUAGGAUGCGGGUGGCACUGUGGGUUAAACCACAGAGCCUAGGAUUUGCCAAUCAGAAGGUUGGAGGUUCGAAUCCCUGCGACAGGGUGAGCUCCCGUUUCUCGGUCCCAGCUCCUGCCCACCUAGCAGUUCGAAAGCACGUCAAAGUGCAAGUAGAUAAAUAGGUACUGCUCCGGCAGGAAGGUAAACGGCGUUUCCGUGCGCUGCUCUGGUUCGCCAGAAGCGGCUUAGUCCUGCUGGCCACAUGACCCGGAAGCUGUACACCGGCUCCCUCGGCCAAUAAAGCGAGAUGAGCGCCGCAACCCCAGAGUUGGCCACGACUCGACCUAAUGGUCAGGGGUCCCUUUACCUUUACCUUUUACAUAUUGUAAUGUAUGCACUUUCACUUAAGCAGCUGGCAUGUGGCCCAUUUAAGAGGAACAGCUAUGACCCAGGAGGCCAGUUCCUGGAGAGCUGACUCAGAGGUGUGGCCUCGCUGAAGGAAUUAGUUACUACUCUGUGCAAAUUUGAUUUACCAUUAACUGAGAUUGUAGAGAGUUCAUAUACAAUGUGUGCAUGUUAAAAAAAAGAAAAACUUUUGUUGCAGAGAAAUCAUGGAUAGUGAGAAUUUAUGCCAAGAUGGGGGCUGACCAUCAAGGUCCCUCCUGCUCUCUCUUCUUACGAUUCUUAUCUUUAAGGCAGAUUUGGACCAGAGAGCCCUUUAAAUAGAGGACUGUCCUCUGACAACACUUUAAAUAGAGGACUGCUAUCUCUAACAGGGAUGCGGGUGGUGCUGUGGGUUAAACCACAGAGCCUAGGACUUGCCGAUCAGAAGGUCGGCGGUUCAAAUCCCCACGACGGGGUGAGCUCCCGUUGCUCGGUCCCUGCUCCUGCCAACCUAGCAGUUCGAUAGCACGUCAAAGUGCAAGUAGAUAAAUAGGUACUGCUCCGGCAGGAAGGUAAACGGCAUUUCCAUGCGCUGCUCUGGUUUGCCAGAAGCGGCUUAGUCCUGCUGGCCACAUGACCCGGAAGCCGUACGCCAGCUCCCUCGGCCAAUAAAGCAAGAUGAGCGCCGCAACCCCAGAGUCAGCCACAACUGGACCUAAUGGUCAAGGGUCCCUUUACCUUUACCGUUUUAUCUCUAACACAGGGGUCAGCAAACUUUUUCAGCAGGGGGCUGGUCAACUGUCCCUCAGAUCUUGUGGGGGGCCAGACUAUAUUUUGAAAAAAAAAUAAUGAACGAAUUCCUGUGUCCCACAAAUUACCCAGAGAUGCAUUUCAAAUAAAAGCACACAUUCUACUCAUGUAAAAACACCAGGCAGGCCCCACAAAUAACCCAGAGAUGCAUUUUAAAUAAAAGGACACAUUCUACUCAUGUAAAAACACACUGAUACCCGGACCGUCCGCGGGCCGGAUUUAGAAGGUGAUUGGGCGGGAUCUGGCCCCCGGGCCUUAGUUUGCCUACCCAUGCUCUAACAUAAGACACAGAGCUGUUCUGAGCUCUGGAAGAUGAGGGCAUGUUGAUCUUCUCACAAAAUCGUGACAUGUGAAAUUGACAGUUCAGAAGUGAAUACACACACACACACACACACAGUCUUGCAGGCUAAAUCCACCUCAACAUUCAAAGGCUAGAUUUAUAACAUAGAAAGGGUUUGGUAAAACCCUCUAGUUUCAUACUCCAGGACACAUUUCUCUAACUGACAUGAGGCAGCCAUAAAUAUUCAGACACAAAGGUAGGCAGCUUUCCCUUUUCAUGCUCAUGUCAGCUGAACUGCAGGUAUAAAAACAAGGCUGUUUUGCAAGAAUCCCAGGUAACAAAGGUUGAAGGGCUUAAAUUUGGUACAAAGAAUUAAUUUAAUAGAAACCUGUACAAUGCAAAGUUGUAUUUCAGGGCCUGUAGUGUUUCAUUAGAAAUAAAUAUGCAGAUACCCUCUGUACCUUCUCUGGAAUGGUAGCUAUAUUUGUUUAUUUUGCUGCAGCAGACACAUAAUGGUUUAGCAGCACCUUGAAGACUCUCUCAUUUUGUUAUGGUAUAAGCUUUUUUUUGUAGACUCAAAAGAAUGCAUUUGUGGCACAAGACCCUUUGUCAAUUUCAUCUGUAUCACCUGUAGCACAUGCAUUCUGGAAGGUUCCAAUGACACUGAGGGAUACAGGUCAAAGGGAACUGGAUGGGAUAGAAAAACUGAAGACUAUAGCCCAGGUGGCACAACUUGGCAACUAAUUAUAUGUGAGGAACAAAUGAGGUAAAAUAAUAAUAGAUCAAGCCAUGGCUGUGUGGUUGAUUUAACCAGGUGAAUGGUGAACUUUAUUGGAUGUAUGGAGAGUGAACAAGGAGAAGAAGUCUUGGUAGAAAAGAUGAACAGUUUGGUCUUGGACAUAUUGAGAUGUCCAUGAAACACUCAAGUGACUAUUUCAGGCAGACUGGAAGGGGAAAUGCUCCAAGUACAGCUGGGACUCACCAGCAUACAUACAGGGGUGUUGAAAGCUGUUCUAAUUUCAUGAAACCCAAGGAGAGAGGGGGAGAAGCACACAGCCCAUAAUACCAAGUGAUCCCAACAGAGACAAGAGAGCUUUCCCCCAAUAGAAAAGUUGAAUAAACAGUCAGACAGGUAGGAGGAAAAGGAGUUAAGAAUGAAGUCUUGAAAAAUUAAGGCACAGAGGCAAGCAGGAGAGUUUGGUCAACUGAGUCUGGGUAACUGGGCAAUUGCCUGCUUUGCAUGGGGUCAUUCUCCCCCUGAAGGAGCAUAUUUGUAGUCUGGACAUGCUCCCAGGUCUGUCACUGGAGGCCCAGGAGACCUCAGUGUCUAGGGGUGCCUUUUACCUGCUUUGGUUGGCAAGACAGCUAUGGGCAUUUCUGAACUGCGGUAGCCUAACAAUUGUCAUCCAUGUACUGGCAACCUCCAGACUGGAUUACUGCAAUGUUCUGUAUGUGGGGCUGUCUUUGAGCUGAUCUGGAAGCUGCAAAAAUGCUGCAGCUUGAUUGCUCACUGCUCACUUAGGCCACUGCUGAUGGAACUGCACUGGCUGCCAAUUAGCGGCUGGGUUCUGUUCAAGGUGCUGGUACUGGAGUAUAAAACCCAAUCAGCUUGGUACCAGGAUGCAUAAAAUAUAGUCUAGCCCUAUGCAUACCCAGCUGAUCACUGCGUUCUGCAGGAAAGGGCAUCUUGCAGAUACAGUGGUACCUCAGGUUACAGACGCUUCAGGUUACAGACUCCACUAACCCAGAAAUAUUACCUCGGGUUAAGAACUUUGCUUCAGGAUGAGAACAGAAGUCGUGCGGCGGUGGUGCAGCAGCAGCAGCGGGAGGCCCCAUUAGCUAAAGUGGUGCUUCAGGUUAAGAACAGUUUCAGGUUAAGAAUGGACCUCCAGAACAAAUUAAGUUCUUAACCCGAGGUACCACUGUACUAUCAUAAAAGGUCUGUUUCACAUAAUGUCCGGAUCAGGCCUCCCUCCAAUUGCACAUCAGACUGGUGCCUCUUCUAUUGCCUUUCAGCACCUGCUAAAAAUGUUAGAUGUUGUUGUUGUUGUUGUUGUUGUUGUUGCAUUUAUAUACCACCCUAUAACCGGAGGUCUCAGGGCGGUUCACAGAAAAGAUCAACAUAAAAACCACAAUAUAUAUAAUCAAAAUAAAAACAACAACCAAGCCUUCUAAAGUCUUUAUCCCAACUGGUAUCUGUCCUGGAUCUGUGUUGAUUUUAAGUAUGUGUUGUUUAAAUGAAUUUUACAUGUAUAAUUGGUUUUUUUAAUUGGUUCUGUAUGCAGUUGUUUUGAUAUAUGGAACUGUUUCAUAGGUGGCUUCUUGUACUACCAGUCAUAAGGAGAAGCUGUUUGUUUCUUAGGCAUUUGUGCUUACAUUGAAUACUUAGUGCAGUCAGAUGCCACACCUUCCGAAAUUAAAAAUAAAACCCUAUGUUGCCUCAUGUGAUUCCAAAAUGACAGUUUUUCAUAUUUGUUGUUGUUAUUUGUUUCUGAUUGUUUUUACUGUGUGAUUUGAUAGGUGGCAUGUAUAUAGGGUUGCAUCCUAUGAACUCAUAAUCAGACUGGUGUAAGUUCACUGAUUUUGCUAGAUCUACUCUGUGUAUGACAUGGUAGGAUUACAACCCUUAGUGUGUAGGAUUCUACCAUUCUUUUCAAAGGACAGAAUCUAUCUGUCCCUAAUCGGAGUCAAGCAUACAUUCUACUUUGUCAGUUUGCUCUGAAGGUAUCUGAUGCUUCUAAUGGAGCUUCCAUCAUUUAAUUUUCAUCUGAUUAUUUUCAUCUAAGAGUUUACAUGGAUUAAGGACAUUCUUCUAUAGUUAGAUAACAAAUCUUGUAGCUAUACAUACAGAAUAAAUGCUGUUAUACUUUUGCUAUAGUAUACUUUUGCUUCAGAAACAAAGUAAUGUCAUGAUUGCAGGAAGUCACAAUUACGCAUAUGCUACUAUUGCUUGUGCUGUUUUCAGCUGCGAUUCAGAAGUCAAAUGAUUCUUGCAUUAGUCUUCAGUUUCAUCCCCUCAAUAGUGCUUCAUCAUCACAAGCAUUAGAACUGGCUUAUCCCAAUUUUGCUAGAGAGCUUAAGAUGUUUGGCCUAUUUAUCUCUGAAGUACUAUUCCUUCCACUUCAAUGUUUUCUAAUGAUGUCGGAGAGUCAAAUAGGAGUACAAUAUUCCGCUGGGUGGGACAUAAUUAGCUGAGAAGCUGUGUCUUGCCAAAUGCAAGGUGGUUCUUUGGUUUGGAAUUCAGAAGUAAUAUAAAACACAAGUGAGUGAGAAGAAGAUUUUAUUCCUAAACAGCAAGGAAUAUAUACAUACGGGACAUGCGCUUCUAUCUGCCACUUGGAAGCCCUCAAAGAAGUGAAGAAGUGACUCCCCCAGGUAGCUUUAGAUUGCACGGCCCUGGUAUGUAUAUGUUGUUUGCUGUUUAGGAAUAAAAUCUUCUCACUCACUUGUGUUUUACAAUGGUAGUUCGAGUUACCAACGCCUCAGGUUACAAACGCUUCAGGUUACAAACUCCGCUAACCUGGAAGAGUUACCUCGAGUUGAGAACUUUGCCCCAGGAUGAGAAUGGAAAUCGUGUGCCGGUGGCGCAGAGGCAGCAAGAGGCCCCAUUAGUGAAAGCACGCCUCUAGUUAAGAACAGUUCCAGGUUAAAAACGUAUCUCCAGAACGAAUUAAGUUCCUAACUAGAGAUACCACUGUAUAUUGCUUCUGAAUUCCAAACAAAAGAACCACCUUGCAUUUGGCAAGACAAGCUGCUCGCAUCUUUUGUGGUGGGAUGUGGGAAGGACAGGAUAUAAUAAACAGGAUUUACCAUCAAACACAUUUUGAUGUUUGUCCAAUGCUACGAAUAAGUUAAGGUCACAGCCCAUGUAAGUGGUAAAAUCUUGAGCUUCUAAAUUGUAAUCUGCAAAGUCUGCAAGACAUCCUGCUAAAAUGAAAUAUGCUGGUACAAAUUCAUACAUUCGGAGCUGUUUAAAUUAUAAAUUAUUCUCAUGACAAAGGAGCCCCUUGGAAAGUUUACUGUUACUAAAGUACUGUAGAACUCUUAUGUUUACAUGCAGUUAUAUAAAUGAUAAAAAAACUAUAACUAAACAUUAAAAAAGGAUAGUAUACAAUUCUAUUAAUACGUAUCCUGCAGCUAAGUGGCCAUGAUGGUACCUAUUAACUGAAUUUGUUGAUGUCAUCCUUGAAUCCAUUAUGCUGCUAGCUAUUUGUGGCUUAUGAUAAGGAAGUAGAUGUUUUCAGUAGAAGAACCGCUAAGAGACAAGCAUUAAUAUAUAGAUCACUUGUGGUGAGUGAUUCCGCUGAGAAUAAAGUGCCUGAGUCUUUCUUUUUGGUUUGGUGCUUCUUUUAAACAGAAACAUCAGAAAAAUGCUUGUUCUACAAAUCACAAUGUACAAGUACCUGAGAUCUGGGAUUGUAUCUUGAAGUAGCUAUGAAGAUUUACUUAUCUAAGGUCAGAGUUUGAAAAGAAUUUCAAGUACCAACCAUAGCACAUUUGCGCCAAAACAUUUUAGGUCCUUAAAGUUUGCAAUAACUUAGAAUGGGGAAGAUAGCUUGCUCAGCCAUAAAGGCCAUGCAUCAGAAAUGGCAAGAGACCUGGACUUAGGGCUGCCAUACGCCUGGAUUUUCCUGGACAUUACUGGGAAUUCAAAGGUGGAUUUGAUGCCUGGGGGGAAUUUUUGAAAUGUGGCGCUUUGUCCUGGAUCUUAGGCAAGUCAAUCGAAAAUUCGUGGGGGGUUUUUUUGGCAUUUUGGGGGGUUUCCUAAAAAAAAAAAGACUCAACAAUUUUGGGGCCUUCCUAUAAAAAGCUCAACAACUUCUGGGGUGUCCUGGUUUUAACUUUUUGAAAUAUGGCAACCCUGGCUGGACUAAACUGUGUAUCUUGGCUGCAUGUAAAUAUCCAAUGUUAGUCAUAUUCAGAGGAGAGCCACUGAAAUCAAAUGACUUAACUAUUGCUUUCACUGGAGCUACUCUGAGAAUGUCUUAGUUGGAUAUCAAUCCACAAUUUGAAUCCAUUUUGUGUAUUAGACAGGUUUCAUAUUAAUACUGAUAAACAUCUCACCAUAAUAUUCUUAUUCAGAAGUUACUGUCUUAGAAGUUGAAAAAAAAGUUAUUUAUCUAGUGACAUCAAAUCUGCAUCACCUUACAGCAUGCAUCACCCUGACAUGAGAGGCUUCAAAGCCAGCACAGAACACCCUGGAGCUGAUGGGAGCUGUGGUCUAAAACAGCUGGAAGGCACUAUUAUGGUGGAGGCCAGACAUAGUUCUAAAUGGAAAUUGAGAGCACUAUAUUUUAGAAGCACCCUCUUCCAUUUAAAACAUCAAAGUGCCCCAUAAUCUUGGCAAGGUCCUUGAGGGAGAUGAGUUGGAAGACAUGAUCCAAACUGUGAAACGUUUGUCAGUAUCUUAUAGUACCUGAAGCAGGAAUUCAGAGACAUUUGAUUUACAGUACUCCAGUGCAUGUUUAUGUAUCACACAAUUUGGUGGAAUCCCUGCAUUUGACUAACAAGGGCUAUUUAUGAUGAUGUCUUAUCAGAUUUUGUCCGAAUAUAGAACUCAUACUUUCACUAAAUUCACAAUACAUACUUUCACUAAAAUUCACAAUUGUUUUGACUGUGUGCUCAUGCUUGAACUGGGUAACUCACACACAUGGGCUGUGGGUGCCAGCCUAGCCAGUGCUCCAUUUCAUAUGCUGCUGUAAGAUCAACUGGUGUUCUUCCUCCACAGCUUCUCUGUAAGGUGGGAUGGGUGAUGGGAGAGCAAUAUGGCAACUGGGCUAUGGCAGCUGUGGUAUUACACACCCAGAUCCCUGGGCAGCUCCUUCACACUCAGGGCUGUGUUACCCAUAGGCGCUAGGGGUGCAUCAGGGGUGCCAGGCCAAGAGACUGGGGCCGACAUUUGGAGUCCAGGGAUUGGGAAGAGCCGAAAACUGCUGCCAAGCGGAGCAGAGUGCGUCAGAAUAUAAUAAUAAUAAUAAUAAUAAUAAUAAUAAUAAUAAUAAUAAUUUAUUAUUUAUACCCUGCCCAUCUGGCUGAGCCUCCCCAGCCACUCUGGGUGGCCCCCAAUCAAGUAUUAAAAACAGAACAGCAUUAAAUAUUAAAAAUUUCCCUGAACAGGGCUGCCUUCAGAUGUCUUUUAAAGAUAGGAUAGCUGCUUAUUUCCUUCACAUCUGAAGGGAGGGUGUUCCACAGGAUGGGUGCCGCUACUGAAAAGGCCCUCUGCCUGGUUCCCUGUAACCUCACUUCUCGCAAUGAGGGAACCGCCAGAAGGCCCUCGGAGCUGGACCUCAGCGUCCGGGCAGAACGAUGGGGGUGGAGACGCUCCUUCAGGUAUACUGGGCUGAGGCCAUUUAGGGCUUUAAAGGUCAGCACCAACACUUUGAAUUGUGCUUGGAAAUGUACUGAGAGCCAAUGCAGAUCUCUCAGGACCGGUGUUAUGUGGUCCCGGCGGCUGCAGCUCUUCUGUGGGCGAGUGAGGCAUUGAGGCAGCCAGCCGGCUCCACCCUCCUGCGUGCCUGGGAUUGGCGGGCCUUCGAGAGGCCCGCCCAGUGCACGCUGCUUACACAAGGCACCCGGCUGCGAUCAGUCGCUGCUGCCUUGGGCUCAACUGCUGUUGCACUGGGCUCUGCUUGCCGCCCCCCCAGGCGCCCGGCCCCGGCCUUGCUCUGCUGCUGCCGCCACCUCGGCCUCCUCUGUUGUUGUUGAGGCGGCCAGCCAGGCCAGCUCUGCUGUGCUCGCCUCGCCAGCCUGCCCUAAAAAAAGCUCUGGGCAACCUGGGGGGAGGGGCGCGCCAGGUGGAUCUUUGCACCCCGGCACCACAUAUGCUUAAGACAGCCCUGUUCACACUAACUGAAAUGCAGGCUCAGGCCAUUAUACUUGCAUAGCGAGGAGCAAAAAGAAAGCUUAUGCUGUUGGUCCUGCUCCAGCCGCAGUUUACCAAGUUAUAGCCCCAUACCUAUCCUGGAUACUGCCCAGAUACUAGCAUUUUUGAAACCAAAAGUUGGCUGUCCUUAACUUUUCACCCAAAAUAACUUCAGGGACGCUUGGCUGAGGAAUAUACUCUCCUAGUCUAUAUUUUGGUAUAGCAGCCCAUGCUCCAAUCUGGUUCUGAAGGGUUAAAACAAAGAAAAUAAUAACACCCACAACCCCAAAUAUAGUGUACACCAAACUUUACUGUUGUGAACUCACUCAAGAAAUCCUUGGGACCUGUAGUUUUGUGAGAUCCUCAAGUUCAAACAAAUACAAUUCCCAGACUAGUUUGGCUGUGAAAACCAGACUUUCGUUUUUGUGUGCAGACACACAUUUUUAACUUAACACACUUCUAUGAUGUUAGUGAUCGCUGCCAAAGCUUUCAUAAUCACUAUGACAGGAUGAAGCACAGAACAGAGGCCAUUUAAUAACUCCGCUUCAUUAUUUAAAAUUCAGCUUGGAUUAUUUUCACGGAAAGUUUGUCCUAGACCUGCCUAGUGCACACCUGUGUGGUGGAGAAGUCUGCGCCCUUCACUACCAGCACUUGGCAUAUAGCAUGCAAGUGGUGAUCCACACUCUGGAUUUCUGUGGGAUGAACUUCAUCACCAUGACCAAUGUUAAGUCAACACCAUCAAGGUUUCCUGAAUACACAUAGCACAGCACUUGCAUUGGCCAUGUGUUGGCCUGAUCCGAAGCUGUGUGCUUGGGUUUUUGAAAGCCAUGGUGAACUCAAGGUUGCACUCUGAUACAGCAGUCUUACCUGCAUCAUUAAGCACUGAUUGAUUCGCUUUGGGUUUGGUAACUUUACCUUUAUGGACAUGGCAAAAUGCACUGCCUUCACUACAGCAUGUGUAUUGAUUCUGUUGGGAGUGCCUGAACAUCAACAAAAGACCAGGACUUUGAAAUGUCAAGAAAUACUUAUGCCUUGCAUAUUUAUAGCAUGUCUAAUAAUAACCUUGAAGCAUUUCCACUGCAUGGACUUGCACAGUUUCUUCCACCCUCUUCCACCCCCACCCCACCCCCUACCCUGUUCUUCCAAAUGUUCUAUCCUUUACUGAGAAAUGUAUCCUAAUUUCAGGUAGUAGAGAAGCAGCCUUCACCUACGCCAUCAUUGCUGCUGGAGUAGCGCAUGCAAUCACUGCUGCCUGCACCCAGGGGAACCUGAGCGACUGCGGCUGCGACAAGGAAAAACAGGGACAAUACCACAAAGACGAAGGAUGGAAAUGGGGAGGCUGCUCUGCAGACAUCCGAUACGGAAUAGGAUUCGCCAAAGUGUUUGUGGACGCAAGGGAGAUUAAGCAGAAUGCAAGGACGCUCAUGAAUUUGCACAACAACGAGGCGGGGCGAAAGGUAGGCACCUUUGCUCACCUCUGAAUAGGGCCACCUCAGGUCUACAACAACAUUUACCAUAUGUGCAUAUGCUUUGAAGCCAAUGUCACUUGCUGAUCCACAAGGUAUGCAAACUUGCACUUCACAAGACCAGCAGCCAGUCAAAGGUUUACCGCAUCUCGAUGCUUUACAGUCAAAAAAGUAGGAAGAAAGAACAAAAUGGAGCAAACUGUGUUUUAGCAUUUAAAAGUUUCUAGAUUGCAUAUGGCCACCUCAUUAUUUAUUUGGGGGAUUUGGGGUAUACAAAGGUCCACCCUUGCUUUUUAUAGAAAGCAAGUAGAUAUACAAAUAAACAGAGGGAAAUGAUGAAUGCUGUAAUCUAGAUUGCCUGGCAACCCCCACCACGUGGCCGCUUCUUUGGCUAGCCUUUACAAUACAGGUGUGGUAAGAACUCAAUUCUUACUCUGCUUUGGUAACAUUUGAAUCUAGCAGAUCACAUAGAACCAAUUAAUUGCAUGCUUACUUCCUGUCCUAAUACUGCUUUCUUUCCUGGGGGUGAGUGAGAGGCAAAUCUGUUGCAGGAAACUUUGGUUUACCUUUUCUAGAAGGAGUGAGUCCCAUAUUUUUGCAAUAAUAACAUUUUUUUAUUAUUAUUUAUACCCCACCCAUCUGAUGGGGUUGCCCCAGCCACUCUGGGUGGCUUCCCACAUAUAUAUACACAUUAUAAAACAUUAAACAUUAAAAAACUUCUGUAUAAAAGACUACAUUCAGAUGUCUUCUAAAGGUUGUACUGUAUAAUUAUUUAUCUCCUUGGUUUGGGGGUUGCAUAACUCCAUACUUCCGACAUUUCUCUGAUGAAAUUAGGGAUGUCCUAAGGAAAACUGGGACACUCCAGGAUCAAAUCAGAAACCAGGAUGGCUUCUGUAAAUUCAGGACUGUCCCUGGAAUAUAUGGACACUUGGAGGAUCUGACAUGGUGCCAUUCAUAUGCUGUUGGACUAUGUCUAUCAUCUUCCAUGCUGGCUGGGACUGAUGGGAAUUGGAGUCCAACAACACCGGAGGACACCUAAUUAGUUAUCCCUUAAAAAAAACACACCACAGCCAGCAUAUGUUGCCUGAGCUAUAUUACAGCUGACAAGGAGUUGGAUUUGCUGUUUACAAAAUGUUUGAUUUCAGAAAACAAUUUUACUAAUGAUGGAUAUUGCUGCUUAACCAAUUCUGUACAUAAUAGCUCUGAUAAAUUUCAGAGAGCUAAAAUACUAUUCAGGAAAGCCUUACCCUCAUUUGACUCUUUUGUCACUGACAGUAUUUACUUUGUGCUUUUUUUCUGGCCUCAUCUGGAAGGGAUUCAAAACUGAAUGGAUGAGGCUGCAGUGCAAAUAGCUUUCAAUCACUAAUGCUGCUAAGGUGUUAAAAUAAAGGGUUGGGACCCUCAGUUUGCAAUUCUGCAGCUGCGUAGUUCAGCUACUCCUGAGUAGGCAUGUAUAGGAUUCAACUCCCAACAGCAAAAUGUGGAACGGAAGCACAUGGGAAAUCUCAUGAAUCAAGCAGUGCUAAGAUGUUUGUUUUAUCAAUUGCUGCUGUUGUAAAUGGUCACUGUGUUUAUUUUGCACACAUUUCAGUUUUAAUGUAUUUGCUACAGGACUCCCCCCCCCCCAUUUCAAUUCCAUCUGACCUCACAUUUCUGUCUCUCUACACCCAUGUGUAUGUUAGAGAUGCUGUGAGUAGAGUGGUUAAUGUGCAUAACAACUGGUCAUUGUGCACAUACACCACAUCUCAUGGAUCACGUACACGUAACACACACAUUUCCUGUUCAAUAUAACUGCUUAGUCUACAAUAGGCCUUGAGUAAUGUGCAUAUGUCAACAGGUUUUUGUACAUUCUCCAGGCAAGAUCCAUCAUCAGCAACAGGCCUUAGGGAAUGUGCAUCUGUUGACUGCAUUUUACAGAUUCACUGGGAAACAUGCACAUUCUCAGGUUAGUAUCUGUACUUGCCCAGAAACCUCUUGUUUGUUUCUGUCUCUAGUUCAGAAGUGGGCAACCCAUUGCUCCCAGGGCAAAGUCCAAUCUUAUGUAAAUUGUGAUGUCCCUCUGGCAGGUCAGUUGAGUGGCAGGAAAAAGAGGAUGUGGCUGCAGCUUCCAUUCUUCCAGUCCCAUCUCACUCUUGCAGCACCCUGUGUUGGGUUUUUCUGCAGACUAUCACAGGGAUCCCACCAGUGGUACUUCCACCCAGCUGCAUGUUCAGCGGGUGGAACAGGGUCUGUGCUGGCAGAGCAACACUAGUGUCCCUUUGCCCACCUCCAUCCAAUCCACACACAGAGAUACACCCAGCACAAAGGGGGCUUGAAUUAUAGACUUAUUUUUGUGGCCCAAACACCUUGGUCUGACCUUUGUAUUCAGAGCUGAUAUCUCUGAAAGCUGGCUCCAAAGGCAAAAUAUGAAUGCAUUUUAAGCGUUUUCAUUUACCGUAUUUGUGGUUCUCCUGGCUUAAAGUAGUUUUAAUAACUGCUCCUGAACAUUGGAUCAGGAACCUGGCUUUGAACUCUUUGAAGUGUGAAGAUUCAUCAUAGUCUGCCUGUGUUGCUCGUUAAUCUGAAGGUUUGUUGCACCAAUUAAACUUAAUUAAAUCUAGCAAUUAAACCAUACUACUAUAUGGCACCUGGGUAAUUCCCCCUGCCACCCCAAUUGGCAAGAAAACAAUGCCUUAAAAAUAGCGUGCAGGUUUUCUUGUGUGGUUGGCACAAAUUACUUAAUAAAGUAAACACUGGGGAUGAAGGAGAUGUGCAUGGUAUUUCAAGCUUUGUACAUUAAUGAUUGUGUUCCACCUGGUUUCUGAAAUAUGGAAGCAAAAAGAUCACGGUACUCAGAAUGACUUUGAAUGUGAUGCUGCUGGCAGUGACAGAAAGUGUUUCCCCAAAUCUGUUUCAUCUGAACUAUCUUCUUCUUCUUUGGCGAUCACUCGUGGACAAGUAAGAUUGUCUUCCAUGAACACAGUUUUAACAGUGAGUCAGUAAGUGACUGUGGAGGCCAAUUCUAGAUCCAUACAUCCUUCUGAACUAUAGCUUUAGCAUCUUCCACACACUCUCACCCAAUGGCUGUCCCUGCAUGUAUGUCUCAGGGUAGGAUCAUGCAACAAUUAUAUUUUGGGUGACAGGACAAUGCAUUUCAAGGCACUUGAGUUCUUCAGUAUCCUACCUCCACAAAUGAUGUCAUAUUCAAAUCUGCAAAUGCAGCUAAAAUAUAGUUGCAAAUUGAAUUUAAAAGGCCUUAUAUAUGGCACAUACUUCAGUUUCUCUGUGAGAAUGUUGAUGUGCCUCCUUUGUGCUCUAGGUUUUAUUCUGCGAUUCAUGGAGUUUAACAUAUAUUUGCUGAAGAAUAUUUAUGUCGACAAGUAGAAUUUCAUUUCCCAGAAAUGAAUGACAAGGCUCCACAUGCACUCGACCUUGGUGCUACCCAGGGCGUUCAGAGUCAGAGAUAAAUGGAACAAGUGAUUCUUUAUAAACAUGUGUGUGCAAAGUAUCAUGGUGUGCUCUUCCCCUAAUCUUGCACACCAGAGUUGAUCAUAAAGACUGUACACAUCAUCCUCACUCACAGAUUCAGUGAACAUGUGACGAGGGAGCAGUUACUGUAUCAGCUGGCUGUGCUCCAUAUGCUUUUGUACCAGCUGAUCACAUGUCCCAGUGCACACAUUUGCUAAUAGGGUAAAAAAAAGUCACAUACACACAGCACAUAUAAGGGAACUUUUCUUUCUAUUGAUAAAUGUGCAGUCACUAGUGGACAUAGUUAACAAGUGCAUUGGCAAUGCACCAGUGAAGACAAUUUCACUUCCUGUCAUGCAUUUGCUAAUCUAUUGUGGUGGUGGCAAUGGAGUUGUGUAAACAGACCUAUUGUUGUUUCUGUUAGCUAGUGCAAGUUUUAGUGUAGCAUUGUGAAUCUACAGAUUAGCUGAUGGGACUAUUCAUAUAGAUUCCAAUUCCAUUUUGGAAAUGGGUCAUUUCAGAGAUCCUUCAAUGAACUAGCUCUUCAAACAAGAAAUGGGGGUGGGGGGAGCUUCAGCUCAGGGUGUCACAUUUGAAUAUGAUGUAUGGCCAACCCAUUCUCAUGGAAAAGUGUUCAAAUCACAGAAUCCAUUCCAAAGGCAUCCUGGAGAUGUAAAACAUCAUGGCAGAACUGGCUCUUAGGCACUCCAUAUGCACCCAACAAUCUGAUCAUGAAAGCUUUCAUUUUAUUGAGGGUAUUAUCUGAAGGGAUAGGGUGUGUGGUGACUUUGGCCACCUGCCAUUUCCCCAGAAGGCAAAGAAUCUGUUUUGAUGUGGAGAUAUUUUCCUGCAUGCCUUGGGUAGAACUGCUGAACUGUUUGGAGUUGUUGGCAAUCUAUUGGUGUUGUAGUCCAACACUGGACCGGAUGGUAUUACUGAAGGUCUACAGAGAAGUGGAGAAAUUGACAGAAGUGUUGAAUGAUGCUAUUUCAUGUGGUAUAAAUAUAUCCUCACCUAAUUUGAGCGUUUGCUGGGGGACACCUAAUACAUGGAGUUGACCUCAUACUUGCAAAUAUAAUAAAAGUACUCAGUAUAACCUUUAUUAUAACCCACCAAAAGACCAAUAUCCUAGAACAUCUACCAAAUUCUUGAUUAUUAGACAAAACAACCUUAUGUGGGCUGACAGGAUAAAGUCCACAGCAGAGGACUGGACUUGCACAGACUACAGCAGAUGGUGAGGUGGAUGCUUUUGUUUUUAUUAUUAUUUCCCCCUUUUCCUUUGCUGGUUCUGGAAAUGUAAGGAGCUUUGGAGUCAGUGGAACUCCAAGGCUGGAUCAGUAAAUGUGGGACUUUCUGGCUCCACACUGGGCAGACCUUCAUCCUUGGACCUUUCCAUCCAACUGUGGGCCUCCAUUUCUGGCCAUGGAAAUGGAGAUCUGCAGUAUCCAACAUUGUCCUAGCUGCCUUUCCCAAAAGCUUAGGAUUGCUCCCUUACAACAUAUUUGACUUAGGACACAUAUGGAAUUGUGUUCUACAUCAACACUGAUAUUUGGGAGUACUUCAUCAGAGUGACUCUAAUAUCAUAAGAUGCCUUUAAUGCACUUUUAAUAUAAUUUCAUAGAUGCUGAGGAAUGAUUAGCACACUUUAGCACAAAGCCUCCUUGGAAUGUAAUGGGAAGCUAGGAUUUACAUUAAAGAGAAAGUAGCUAGUUAAUUGAGUGAGGGCAGGUAGAGCAUGUGAACACAAAGCUCAUCAUUACCAUAACACCAAAACGUUAUUAUAAGCAAACUCCAAGAUAGCAGAAUGAGCGUGGACUAUAUCCAGCAGCCAUACUUGGAGCAGACAAACUGAAAUCAAUAGACUUAAGUCAUGUAUGUCUGUUGAUUUUGGUGGAUCUUCUCUGAGAAAAUUGGAUAUCACCUCAUGAUUCUCUGCUGCUCUUUCCUACGCGUUGUAUUUUAAAAAAUGCAAUCAUGUUUUUAAUUAGUUGCCAUUUUUCUGAUUUUUAAAAAAUCUCUUUUAUAAUUUUAUAUAGUUUUAUUAUUUAUUUUUUUUUGCUGAUGUUGUAACAUGAAUUCAUUAUUUUCUGUAUUUUUUUUAAAAAAUUGUCAGCCUCCUUGGGUUGGGGCUUUUUGUGGGAACAUUUAAAUGGCAGUGGAGUAGAAUGAUGGGUGAUGAAGAGGUUCUCUGCCACAAGGUGCUUGUUUGAAAGUCAUGCUGUGGUUGAGAAAUGUUCAUGCAUUAGCUUUAACAAAUUCAACUUCCUUUUUACCGAGGCCAUGUGAGUGUAGCGGGGAAAGCCUGUCAUUUAUUAGAGAAAAACAGAAAUGCAUUUUCAGACAGUGUUACUGUAGAAUAAGAUAGGGCGUAAGAAAGAGCCAAUACCUUUCAAGGAACAACAUUUUGGUUCUGAGCGGAAAGCAAAUUAUUGAAUUGUGCUCCCGCUCUCUCUUUCGUGACAUUGAAAUUCACUGAAUGGCAUUUUGCAUCAGCAUUACAUCAUAUUAAAUAUAACACCGUGUUAUGAGUCAUUGUUAUAAAUCAUGACACAGGCUGCAUUAGAAGGCUCCUGCAACCAAGGGCAUAUCAAGGUGGCUUUUUAUUUGAUGUGUCUCUUCAGCAGAGGGACAUAGGUGUGCUGACUUAGUAAUCCUAUCAUGUCCUGCACAGGGAGCACUUUGCUUUUUCUUCAGCACUCGAGUAGAAAUCUGUGGUAUAAGAGAGUUCGGAGCAAAUACAACAAAGAAUGAAGUCUUACAUAGCUGAUCAAGAUGAGAUCAUAAGUUACAAAAUGAGCACGCCGAAAUAGGAACUGAUUUGAAAGGAGAUGAAAAAGGCAAGGUCAAUGGAAGAAUCUUGAUUUCUAAACAGUUGUGUGAGAGUGGCUGAACAUGGAAGCAGCCUCAUACUGUAUUAGACCAUUGAUCCACAAAGCUCCUUGUUACCUGCUCAACUGACAGAGAUGCUCACCAGGGUUUCAAAUAGAGGUCUUUUCCAGCCUAGAGAUGCCAUAAAUUGAACCUAGGACCUUUUGCAUGCAAGGCAUGAACCCUGCCACUGGGCUACAGGCCUUCCUCUAUUCUCUUUGGAUAUUUUUGCUCGUGAAAAUUUGAAUUUUGGUAUAUCACUCCCAGACUCCUCCUCCUCCUCCUCUCCCAUUUCUUUUUCCAAUUUAUAUUCCAUCCUUCUUUUCACUAGGUCCAUGCUAAAUAAUAUCUGCCCAUUGCCUCCACCCUUGAAUUAGAACUUGAACAUGUUUUGUCGUGGAAUUAUAGAAGGGGCCAUGAGGGUCAUCUAGUCCAACCCCCUGCAAUGCAGGAAUCUUUUGCCCAACGUGGGGCUGAAGCCCAUGACCCUGAGAUUAAGAGUCUCAUGCUCCACUGACCGAGUCAUGUUACAUUUCUCUGCUCUAUAAACCUGUGGGUCUAGAUGAGGACUCCUGUGCAAUUUAGCUUCAGAAGUCUUAGUAGUAGUAGUAGUAGUAGCAGCAGCAGCAGCAGCAGCAGUAGUAGUAGCAGCAGAACAAAUCAAGAUAAAAAGGAAAAGGUAAACCUCAUGCUUUUUUUCUGGUGGUACUCAAGGGUAUGUAAGUACUGGCAACCUUUUUUAAAAAAAAUAUUUUUAUUGGUUUUUGACAUCCAAAUUGAUAAAACAUAAAACAAUUUAUCACAAAUACAUUCUUAUUGGACUUCCAUCAGCACCUCUGACAAUCCUCCGUCUUAAUCACUUCUUACGCAUUUCCUAACUUAAUAUUGCCUUUAUAUUCUUAACAUAUCACGUCUCCUUCUCCAUUUUUGCAAUAUUUCUAAUAUUAUUCCUCACAGAACUUCUUGCAAACCUACAAAUGUCAUCUGGUCGUCACAAAUACUUUUCAAAUAAUCCGUAAAUUUACUCCAGUCUACUGGCAAGCUUUUUUCUAGAAGAAAAGCACAGGUUAAAAGUGUGGCACUUACUGUAACAACUUCAUGGUGAGUACCAGCACCGUUUUUAUAGGAAAAAAGCACUGGGUAAACCUAAAGUUCAAAUAAAUGGACUGACUUUCAAAGAAUUUCAAAAUGACUCUACAGGUAGAGCAAUGGCUGCUCCUGCAUUUUCAAGUUCCACUCCUAGAACUCAAAAUACCUGUACUGGUUUUGCAAGUGGAUGUAAUGCACCUAUUAUUUUGUCCUUCUAGGAAUACUGGUCAUUCUUUAUUUGCUAGUCAUUGCAAGUUACCUCCAUCAACACUGGUAUUUUUGUCCUCCAUCUUUCCUCAUUAGAAUUGUGCUUCUAAUUUCCGUGGCAAACUGCUAGGGUGUUUGUGUAUACCGUUUUAACAAUGGGGAAAGUGAACGAGAGACAGCGUUUAGUCUCUUUGCUGAUGUGUUGUGUAUUUGUGGAAAUGGCACCUCAAGGAGAAAGAUUUUUCUUCUUCUACAUGUGCCAUUCUUAGUUUGGCCUUGAAGUCAAGAAGCUUCGUAUAGAAAAAAAAUCUGAUGUACAACCACGGUAACCAAAAAUAUGUGCUAUAGCACUCAGCUAUCUCAAGUCAUGCCAGCAGAAAAAGAAAAAGAAAAAAAGAAGGAGCUUUCAAUGCCCUCACGUGUCUGGAACUUUUGAAAAUUACCAUAGACUCCAGGAAGUCUAGAAGAACAUCCUACUGUUGAAUAAUUAAAAACUGACUGAGGCUGCUCUGAUACCUCUGGAAUCAAGUGAUAUUAUGGUAUCAGCAGCAAAGCCACCUAGGCCUUGAAGCUCAGGUGUUAAUCUUGCCAUUUAAAAUUGUUUUCCUCCCCUUCACUUUGCUGUUGUUUGAUUAGCAUUGCUGAUCUUUGCUUUCAAACCUUUUGAGUUUUAUGGCUACAUUCCAAAGGAGCUGUAGGCAUGUGUAUGUUGGAGAACUGCUUGCACAGCCAGAGGUUUAUUUGAAGUCUCCCAUCUAGCCACUUACAUUGCUGAGGAGAAAAACCAAAUGUCAAAGAAGCUGCUGGCUAUGUUAUCCCCUAGACAUAUAGAUCCACGACCUUUGUCUUUUUAAGGACUCUCCAUAAAAAAUGGAAUUAGGAUGCUAUUUCAAUUUUUCAGUUGCAGAUGGAAUUUUCUCAGAAGAAUCACAGCAAUUAAAGUCUCCUCAACAUUUAAGUCUUAAAACAUAUACUUUCCCCCCAAUUAUAUUUAUUCAGAAGUUAGUCCCAUUGAUUUCUUAGAGGUUCAUUUCCAAGGAAGCAGCUCAUGAUUCAUCCUUGGGAAGACAUCCAUAUAAUGGUGUGUUUGUCCACCAUAAAAUAUAUCCAAUGAAAAGGAUCUACAACUUCUUCAGUAAUUUAUUUUCAUAGGCUUUCUAUUCUGAUUGGUCAGAAAAUUGCUCUUGAUAAGCCUAUUGGCUUUUACUUUAGCCUUGGUGGGUAUGUAAUAGCAGACAACUCUUCACCUUUUUCUAGGAGUUGUUUACAUAGCUGAAAACUAUUAGCAAUAUGUAAUGAUUCAUCUAUGAUAUAUGUAUAUUGGUGUCGGUGAAAGAAGAUGACUUAAAUACAAACUACCAAAGCAGUAGCUUUUAACUACAGAAAGCAGCUUAAAGAUAAAUCAAGCUUAAGUAACAAACAGUAGCAAUACUAUAUUAAGAACUUGAAAGCUGAUUUCGGAAAAUGAAGGAACAAAUCUAUUCCUAUUAAAAGUUAAAUGCUAAACUUCAAUUUCUAAUUUAUGCUGUAUCCAUAAAUGUAAUGGGUUGGAUCCAGACUUGCUCCUUCAAUUAACAGAGGAAACUGGGAACCAGCAGAGGUUCCUCACAGAAAGGGAGUGGUUUUGAUAGUUCCCGCUCCAGCCCACAGCAUCACUUUCCAUGUUGUCCUAGACUUUAAGAACCCUCAACUCUUGAGAAGCUUUGCAGGAUACACAGGGGGCUGUAGGGGGUGGAGGAAGUGUAAGCAGAACAGUACUGAGUGCAUUUCUUGAUUCAAACCUACUAAAGACAUACAUCUUUGCCCUGGUCGUUGACACCUGAUAUUGACAUCUAUCUAUAUCCCUCAAUAUUAUUCUGAUUGUAAAUGGUUUCAACUGAUUUCAAUCUUGCAUGUUUAUAUUGUUGUAACCUGCACUGGGACCUUAUGGUGAAGGGUAGGUAAGAAAUUCAGUUAACAACAAAUACAAACAACACAUUAAAAUAUCCCUUUACUUGUUUUCUCUUGUCAAAUGACACAGGCAAAUAGCAAAGGGAACCCCCCCCCGUAGGCUUCUUAUAACAAAUUAUUGCAAAUUCCCAAUGCCCCUGACCGUAGUCAUGGGCAAUGGGAACUUUUAGAAAGCAUCUGAAAGCAGCACUGUUCAGGGAAGUUUUUAAUGUCUAACAUUUUAUUAUUAUUUUGCUGGAAGCCACCCAGAGUGGCUGGGCAAACCCAACCAGAUGGGUGGGCUAUAAACAAUAAAAUUAUUAUUAUUAAUAGGAGUACAACUAAUUCUCUGUGAAUUGGUUUUAAUGGCUUUAUUAUGUAUUAUGUUUUGUUGGAUUUUAUUUUCCAUGUGAUGGUUGUGGUGAAAUACAGAAUAAAAACACCUUAAUCAAUCAAUCAAUCAAUCAAUCAAUCAAGUAGGAUGAAGUCCAGUUGAAAACCAUAGGCUAUUAGUCAUACCUAAAUUUAGGAGGACAGGGAUAAUUGUGUCAAAGGUGCCCUGAAAUCCUGGAUGGCCAGUUUCAACAAAAUAUUUGAUGGUUCUUUCCUCUUUGGGGAAAGUGGUAAUGUUAGCCAAGUGUGUCAUCAUCACCACUUUUUAGGGGAUUUUUUAUUAUGAUGUGUAGCUUUGCCCUUUCAGCUUCAAACACCCCUAAAUUGCACAGAGAAGGCAAAAUAUGGCUGCAUGGCUUCCUCGCUGUUGAGCAGGCUGGGAUUUCUUCAUUAGUUAAGCCACAACGUGGUCAUCUGCACCACUCCCAUUUUGGCCGAAGUUGUUCUUACCUGUCAAAAAAACCUGAUGUUAACAGACAGGCCCUAAAGUAUGUGGAUUUGCUUUCAAUUGAGGGGUAUUUGCAUGUACAGUACAAUCGUGUCUUGCGUGCAAUUAAUUUGCCCCAUUUCAACCUUACGUGGUUGAAAGCUGGCUGGUUGAAAUCCCACAAAUCAAUUGCACGCAAAGUGGAGAUCUUGAAAGCUCCUAUGCUCUGAGUUUUCCCAGUGUCGAAAACACUUUUAAAGUCUCUGACUUGCUUACUGGGCUUGGGGAGGCUGUUGAGAAAUUUUGUGGAAGCUCAGAUGGCCCUGCGAGAUAUUGCGAGAGCCUCCCAAAAUUUAAAAGCUCUCUGGCUUGUUUGGAAGGUAAGGGGCAGUUCCAAGGGGGUGGUUUGGGUAUACACAUUUUUGCAAGUAUGCGCCACCCCCAGAAUGUAUUUUUCCUUAGUGGAAGUAUAGUACAGCAACAGAAGAAAAGAAAUCAAGGGUUUAAACUCUUGAUUGUAUGUUCUGCAUUGUGAUUAGAAAUAGUGUAGAAUUGCUAUGCAUUAAGUAUAGAAUACCAUAGUUCAAUUUUGACUACUUAUAGAUAAUACACAGUGCACACACCCAAAUUUUUGAUGCUGAGGGGGGGGGGGGAGAAGAGACAGAUGGAUAGAUUAACAAGUGCCAUCAAUUCAUCCCAGAGGCUUAGAGAAAAUGUGGGCAAGGUUAAAAAGACUGCUUAUAUCAGCAUUUAGAAUAGCCUAAACCUUUUGCUUUCAAACCACAGGUUUGCUGCUGGAGCUGCGUGUGUGUGUGUGUGUGUGUGUGUGUGUAAGCAAGCUUGCAAUUUGAAGACUGCACAUCUUGCUGUGUUUAUUAUUAUAUGCUGGUAUAAUUUGAACUAUUACCUGUGGCAAACUAGUCAAGCCUUUCAGGCUCUGCUGGGACCAGGAAGAUAGCAAUAAUAGGGUGCUGGGUUUGGAUUUGGGUCAAAAUGCAGCUUAACAUUCCUGUUCAGUCAUGAAGGUCACUUGGUAACCUUAAGCAAGUCAGUGUCUCUCAGACUAGCCUGUGUCAAAGGGUGGCAGGAAGGCACUUUGUUCACUGAAAGAUACAAUAGAAAAGCAUAACAAUAACGAGCCUUGAAGCAUUUUAAAGACCAACACAUUUAUUAUGGGCCAAGCGUUCGUGGACUCUGGAUGACAAACAUUUAUGCCAUAUUAAAUGUGUUGAGCCUUUAGGGUGCCACAAUACUCUGUUGCUUUUGCUGCAACAGACUAACCCAGCUAACCCAGUGGUGGUGAUGGUAACAAAAACAACAGAAAUAGUGUAAAUUGUAUUUCAGAAGUCUUUGAGUAUAUUUUGGCUAUUGCUAACUGGGAGUGGGACCUGCCUGGAAACCAGUAAUCUGUGUUAGUUCUUUAUUCUUGUCAUAUUGCCAAGACUUUGAAAAAAAGGACAGGAACCUGAGAGGAACUUGUGGAAUGUGACAAGAAUACUAAUAUGCCAAGGUUUGUUAAAGUUGUUAUAUUGUUUGUCAGACAAUAUUAACAAGGAAGUGGUUGGAGGGGUGUGUGGAAAGAGGAGAGGAAUGUUUUCACCAAAGACAUCAGGACUUCAAAACUGGAGGGGUAAAUGAAAAGGGGAACUAGUGCUAGACCAGGAAGCAUGUGUUUUUGAAACAAUUGCAGUGAGCUUUGAGGACACACAGAAGUUAGAUGUGAGCAGUUGCCAUCUACAAAGGAACUAACUACACUUGCCUGCUGGUAGAUCUCCAGGGUGCCAGGCAAUAAUCUCUCCCAUUCCUACUUACUUAGUUGAGCUCCUCUAACUGGAAAUCUCUAGAUGCGAAAUCUGCUUCUAACUCAUAACCUGUCCCUAAAAAAAGAUAGUCUGACUCGCACUUCGAUAUGAAUGAAAACUUGGGCAUGGCAACAUGUGCCCAGCCCCGCUUUUAGACGAGAAAGGUCUCAAAGCUGGUUCCAGCUGGCAUCAAGAUACAUCACAGAGAACAGCAAGCUCAACACAUGUCACAAGUCCUUUCAGCUGUUGAUCCAUUGCAGCAGCUUACUCAGCUCUUUCCAAUGGAGCUGUUUAUUCCCUCUGUGGUCACUGUCUGUUCAUGGGCUGAAUUGGAACUUGGGCACUGUAAAAGUGUAGACUGCUCUGAACAAAGCCACACGGCUAGCUAGAAUUCAAAACAGCAGCAUUUAAAUUUCAGGGUAAGCUAUACCACCUGAAACAGAGAGAUUUAAUUUUCAGAGGAUGUAACUAUGUUGGACUAUUGUAGUAAAAACAAAAGGGAGUCUUAUAGCACCUUGAAGACUUAUUAUGUAAGGCAUCAUGGAGUAGAUGCAUAAAGCGCUAUCCUCAGAUGGCAGGUUUAUUUAAGCACAAACACGUGAAAAGAAAAAAAUGUAGGCCAUGAAAUGCAAAAAGUACAGUCUGUGACAAUUGUAAAAUAGAUGUACAGGCAUACCUUGGGUUACAGAUGCUUCAGGUUGCACGUUUUUGGGUUACGGACGCGCUGAAACCCGGAAGUACUGGAAUGGGUUACUUCCAGGUUUCGAUGCUCGAGCAUGCUCAGAGGCACUAAAUCGCACUUUGCACAUGUGCAGAAGUGCCGAAUUGCAACCCACGCAUGCGCAGAUGCGGCGCUGUGGGUUGCAGACACUGUGGGGUGCGAACGUGCCUCUCGCACAGAUCACGUUCGCAACCCGAGCGUACACUGCAUGUCAGAUUGCUCCUGUCUCCCAUUUCUUUUUGCUGAGCUUUUGAAGCAUAUUGCAAUGCUUGACCGAGCCAGAAACCCAGCCAGAUGGGUGGGGUAUAAAUAAUAAAUUUAUUUAUUUAUUUAUUGUUAUUUAAAAGCUGCUUGAAGGUGUGAUGAGGCUCUUUGUUGUUUCUGUAGGCAUCCCUGUCCCUACAAGGGGUCUCUAGAUUAGGGCAACACAUUCUAAACAUUGGUCAAGACACCAGUUGGUAGACUUUGUAGCAUGACUACAUAAGGUGUAAAGCUCGAAAAAUAAGGGCAACAAAACUGUGUUUGCUGCAUUUUUAGAUUAAAUGGCUCCAUAAGCAUCAAUGUGUGUUUUAAGCCUGGCCUGGUUUUUACCAUUUGUUCUUCACUGUAAUUAUGAAGAUAAAGAACUUUUGAAAUUAGAGCUUAGUAUUGCAUAUUCAACCUAGCAGUUCGAAAGCACGCCAGUGCAAGUAGAUAAAUAGGUACCACUCCGGCGGGAAGGUAAAUGGUGUUUCCGUGCGCUGCUCUGGUUUGCCAGAAGCGUCUUAGUCAUGCUGGCCACAUGACCAGCUGUACGCCGGCUCCUUCGGCCAAUAAAGCGAGAUGAGCGCCGCAACCCCAGAGUCCGCCACGACUGGACCUAAUGAUCAGGGGUCCUUAUUGCUUAUUCUGAAACAGAUUUAAGCGCACCACCCUUCUUCUCCAUCCUCUCUUGUGGUUUUAAAUAUAACACCCUCUCCUCCUUUUACUCUAGAUCCUUGAAGAGAACAUGAAGUUGGAAUGCAAGUGCCACGGUGUGUCGGGAUCAUGUACUACUAAGACAUGCUGGACAACUCUUCCUAAAUUCAGGGAGCUGGGCUACAUCCUUAAGGACAAAUACAACGAAGCCGUUCAGGUUGAACCAGUGAGGGCAAGUCGUAAUAAACGCCCAACUUUUCUUAAGAUAAAGAAACCACUCUCCUACCGUAAACCCAUGGAUACAGAUUUAGUGUACAUAGAGAAAUCGCCCAACUACUGUGAAGAGGACCCUGUCACUGGAAGUGUGGGAACACAGGGCAGAAUGUGCAACAAAACAGCCCAGCAGACCAAUGGCUGUGACCUGAUGUGUUGCGGUCGAGGUUAUAAUACUCAUCAGUAUUCAAGAGUGUGGCAGUGCAACUGUAAAUUUCAUUGGUGCUGUUAUGUUAAAUGUAAUACGUGCAGUGAAAGAACAGAAGUGUACACCUGUAAAUGAAAGUGUGGCUUGGGAGGGGGAAACCUACAGCCUUGGAAUAAACACAUUUUUUUUUGCACAUAAGCUCAGUGCACCUACACACGACUGUAGCAAAGACCCACACUGUUUCCAAAAGGAAAACCAGCAAAUGGAUCCCAUCUUCCCCUCUUAAUAUAUCAGCGCUUAAGUGGAGACCCAUCAAAGACUUAGAGAAAUAGUCCAAAAACAACAUCAGACUUUUUAAAAAAGGAAACAGAAACAAACAAGUCACCUAAUCAAAAAAAAAUAAGUGGGGGGAAAUGCUCUCAGAUAUUCUGCGCCUUCAGAACAUAAUUUAUUGACUGCCUUAAGGGGGAAAGCCCAUGUCCAGACCAAGGCAAGGGGCUCUUUGGGACUGGAUGAGCGAGAGAUUGAAAGGCACCACGCAUAAAGAGAGGGCUGGGGGAACAAACAAUUCUUAAACAUGGUCUUUGCAGAGGAUGGGGUGACAAUGCGCCAGUGUGAAUUUCAACUUAAAGAGAGUGGAUUAAGCAGAUUUAGGGAUUUCUACACUUGUGAAAAGCUUCUGCUGGUCCUGUCUUUCCGUUUUUUUCAGACAAUGUGCUACUGCAAGUAGGAUUGUUGAUGUUUUCCAUAUAAACACUGGUUUAUCUGCCUUUUUGUCGUGCUGCAGAUAUUUUAGCACAGGGAUUUGGGACAUCUGGGCAUAAUAAUAAUAGCAAUAUUUAACAAUUUAUCCAGAUAAAGCUAAUAUUAAUUUAUUUAAUUAAAAAGAACUCUACCGACAUUUUUGAAAACCAUUCUGCAUUUAGAUAGCCUGCUUUUUUUGUGGAAUAAUUUUGUAGAUAUGGAAAGGAGGGGACACCCUUGAGCUGUAUAUAUUAUUGUUUACUCAGAUAUUUCUACUAGUUGGAAUUGCAGGAUGUUUUUUUCCUGCAAUAAUAGAUGUUAAGUACAAAAGCAGGCAUCUUUUAUAAUUUGUUUGGCUGUUUGCUGCUAGUUGUCUGGAAUCUCAAACUGAUAUUCAUCUUCACCUAGAUACCAGUGCAUAACCUGUCCAGUUUUUUAUUUUAUUUUAAGGAGCAUUACAUAAAUCCAGUUGGAAAUAAUGCAUCACACAUAAAUGCAAAACUCCAGACAAGUUUCCAUCUUUGGAAAAUGAACCAUAGGAUAAAAGAGUAUAUUUUGUAAGAGACUAUUUUUAUAUGAAUAUUUUAUUUAUACUAUGUCUGCUUGUAUAAUUCUAUAACCUGUACUUUUUCUCAAAACAGGCACACAAUUUGUAAUUGUUAGGCUAUUUAACAGAUAAAGGCUGAUUACUUUGUUGACCUGAAAGUAGCAAGCUGGAUGCAUUCAGUUGUUACUGGUGGAUGUACAAAAUACAGAAUGAAUUUUCUCUCCGGAUGUAUGUACAACGUGGCUCUUUUCCUGCAGUUCAAUUUGCAGAAUAUGCAGAACAAGAACAGGGUAUGUAGCAUCAGUUUUGUCACAUGGUUUGAAUUCAUGGUUGGUAUUAACUGGAUGCUCCUUUAUCCCAUUCAGAAAAAAAUCUGAAUUAGCUUCCCAGAUGCAUCAGUCAUUAAACUGUGGCGUUAUGACUAGCAAAUGUGCUGUGUGUGCUGUCAGUUAAACCUCUAUAUUGUGCUACUGUCAAAUUUGAUUUUAUCAGUGCAAGACUGUAGACUAUGACUGUAAAAACUAGCAUGACACGCAUAGACUGAUUCUCAUAGAUAAGACACAAAGCUUACGGGUUUUGUCCAACUAGUUUUUGGCAUUUGCCCUACUCUUUCCCUCUCGGAAGGUUCUUAGUGAAAAAGAUCAAGUCACAUUUUAGACAAACUUUCAAUCACGCCCCCAUUGCUUUUUGUGUGUGUUCAGUUCCUGCACUGUGGCAUUUCCUUUUCUUAUCC